GAGGUGUCUUGCCCUUAAAAAGAAAUUUGAAAUUGGUUUCAGCCCACCCCCCAGAAGCAUCAUCCAUAUGUCACAGAAGGGGUGUAGCCCAAGACCCCCCUCCCUAGAUUCAUCAUAGGUACAUCAUGAAAGGGGAGGUCUGGUGGCAGUAAUCUGAGCAGUCUGGACCCUGCCCCCUGCCCCCAAAACCUAAUAAACAAAAUUGAGAGAUAUUUACAUUUCCCUGUUUCCCAGCCAAGUUAAUCACACCCUUUUGUCUGGCACUCAGGUACCAGGAUGCCAGGGUUAUCACUUUAAUUCCUGAGACAAUGAGAAGGUUCCCCCCACCCCCCUUCUUCCUUGCAGAGGAACACCUGGUCAGAGAGAGAGUCAAAAUGGUGUCAGAAAGGCCUGUCUUCCUGUGCUGCUUCAGACAUGUGCCUGUACAUUCAUGUACAUGUUUUAUGAACAAUUAUUAUUAUAUAUAUAUAUAUAUGACCUCAAAAUUCUUAUAACACUAGUGUGGGCAAUACUGGGUUAAAAGGACAGAUAAUGGUCUGACUGAUUCAGGCAGCUCCCUGACCAGCACUGGCUGCUGGUGCCUUUGUUCUGCAUGGCCUAUUGUGUGAUAGUAAGUCCCCAAGUCAUCAUCUCAUGCACUUUUGAAGCAGUGGUGCUGUGUCUCUCAGGAUAAACAGGGUGAUGGGAGGAGGACACCCCCCCCCCAAUGUAAGGCAGGCCAAGAAGCUUCUGUGAAGGCGGGGAGCCAUGGGUGGGAGAGAGGGAAACAGCCCUCAGAUUGGUUUGGAGGUAGCGCUGCUGGAAGCCAAGGCCAGUCCUGCUGAUGAGGUCCUUUCUUCUGCAAGCGAAUUGUAAAAUAUGGCUCAAAUUUUCAUUACGGGCUCUAUUGAUUAUCUUUGGGGACAGAUGAAUUAUGGGGGACAUUAAAUUAAAAAAAAGAAAAGGAAAUAUUUGAAUGAGUUUGGGAGGUCGAUGCCAGAACAGCUGACUCGCUCCCAGCCUUUCUGGCACUUGAAGCCUCUGGGGCCUUGAGCCCCUCUGAACUGAGCUAGCUCUCUGCAUUUUCUGGUUGCCCAGGGCCACACAUGCCCAGAGUGGGAAGGAGCUCCCAGUGGCUUGACUUGAGCUUGCUCUCUGUUCUGCCCGUAUAAUCCAGAUUUGCACAUUGGUCCUAGCACAUGUGUUUCUGGCCACAUCCGUUCUAUAAAUUUAAAGCACUAUGAUGCCACAUUAAGCAGUCAUGGGCUCUUCUAAAGAAUCCUGGGAACUGUUGUCUAGUAAGAGUGAGGUUGAGGGACUCCUCUUCCCCUUACAGAGAAGGAAGGGCAGGGAAUGUCUGCUGCCUGAAACCCUGGAAAGCCACUGUCAGUCAGUGAAGACAACACUGAGCUAGAUGGAUUCAGUAUAAGGUAGCUUCCUACAUUAAAACUCCUGCUGGAAAAUCAAGCAGUUUUUAUGCUUUGGUCAGGUGGUUUUGGAGAAUUAGAACUGCAGGUACUUUAGCCCUCUGAGGCAGAAAUAGUUGGAUAGAGUGUAUUGUUUUCUGUCAAAGGCAACAACCACCUCCUCUUGAACUCCGUGCAAGGGAAUAUGGAACAAGAUGCCAACCAUGAAGUGUCCAAACUCAAAGGAAGUGAAAUAGAAUAUUUGCGCCUCUGAUAGGGCUCAUCCACACUUCCCUUUGUGCUGCAUUCCUAGGCCCAGCUCCGGGAUUUCCAGGUCUGUGUCCGAGCAUGUUUUUUUUUUCUUUUUUGUCCUGGUGCUUUCCCCAGAAAAACCUGCAUUUUUACCACUGAAUUGAAGCAAAUAGCAAUUUUGUGCAGGUUGCUGUUUGCUGCAGUUCAGCGAUAAAAUGUGGGUUUCCCCUGCAGAAAGCACCAGGACAAAAACAAAAACAAAAAAACCCCUGCUUGUACACAACCUGGAAAUCCCACACCUGAGCCUAGAAACUCAGCACAAAUGGAAGUGUGGAUGAGCCCAUGGUUGGAUAGAAGAGGGCAUUUCAGCAAAGGUUGAACCUCUUUCUGUGCAGUUCUUGGAGGCUCACCUGCCCUGUCCUGCUUGUGGGCACCCUAGAUCUCAGAAGGUAAAAUGAAGGCACAUGUUGGCACUAGGUCUUCUGUUGAGGGCCCUAGUUGCAGACCUGGUGUGGCUUACAGUCUGCUUAACAACCAGUUCUCUCUGUCUCAUGAAUGCCAUGCAACCAUAGAGUCAUUGAAUCCAACCCAUGGUUCAAACAGUUUGGAAAGCUCUGGCUUAAGGGUUGCAGUGACUCCACUGAGUAGCAUUUGCAUUCUGAAGUUCUGGGAGAGUUUUGAGCGAGGUAUUGGCCUCUGGUGUCUCCUCCCAUGCAUCUGGGUCCUCCUUAGGAUUUUGCAGUCAAUCAUGCGUGUUCUGUGCGCGCAUACAAAUAUCUGUCUCUCCUCUCUAAGAAACUUUAGAUUUGUAUCCCUCUGUCCGCACCUGUUUCCGCCUCCCCCUUCUUGUUCCUCCCCCAGGGGGCUGGAGAGCCCAGUAUCUGGUCACACGGCACACCUUUUUUCUCCACUUCUGUGUUGUUUUUAGCUUCUCGGUUCGGUUGAGCUGGCAGCUGCUGCCUCUCAGGAAUUUUCUGUUGGUUUUGGUAAAACCGUCAAGGAAUGCUGCCCGCGUCUCUCAUCUCCCUCCUGAGUCAAAAGUUGCCCCAAAAGAACAACUCUGCCCUGCCACCCCUGCAUCUGAGCACUGGGAACCCAUUCCAUUUCAGGAUCUUGCUCUCAAUUAGCUGUUCUCGCACAUCUUUCCUCGCUGCCACAACCACCUUUGCUUCUGAAGCCACUUGCUCAUAUCUUCUGUGCUGGUUCAACUCCUUACAUCCUUUUCUCUUUCCUUAUUCCACUCUCAGAGGAUGCACACCGCUAAAUACCACUUGCCAGGAGCCACAAGUGGAUAGAAUGCUGUCAUACUCAGGUCUUGCUUGUGGGCAUCUGGUUAGCCGCUUUGAGAACAGGAUGCUGGACUAGAUGGGCCUUUGGCCUGACCCCGGAAUCAGGCUCCUGUCCAUUGGUCUCUUUCUGUAUGGCUUUGAAAUGGGAGUAGGCAGAUUCACAGAUGAGAAGGUUGGCAAGGGACACUAGUUAAACUGGGUUAGGUAUUCCCUCCGCUCUUGGAGGCCUGUGCCUCUGGAUACAAGAAGCAAAUGGGGAGGAAACUGCUGUUACCCCCAGGUCCUGCUUGUGAGCUUCACACAAGCAUCUGAUUGUCCACUCUGAGAACAGGAUACUGACCUGGGUGGGCCUUUGGUCUGAUCCAGCUUCAGGGCUCUUCUUAUGUACAACACUCAACACUCUAAGCCUGCCAGAAGGGUAAAUUUUGUUAUUGCACAGUGCCUAGUAAUCGUAUACAAAGAGGAAGUUCUACUGAAUUAUUGUGAUCAGGUCCUGCUUGUGAAAUAAAACCUGCUGACUGUUGUGUUAUAUCUGUCUCCAUUAGUUGUUUCACACUUUUACAUGGUAACCCGGGAACACACCAGUGUGCCACAGUCAAUGCAUGAAGUGUGAAGGGGAAGAGAUGCGUCCCUAAACCCACUGUAUGAGAGCCAUUGACUUGCCUCUCUCAUAGGCACUUGACUUGUUUUACAGUGGUGAAACACUAGUGUGCUCCAGUUGCACACAUGUCUGUAGCUGUGAGUGCAUGGGAAGGGUCUUGUGAGCCUUGCAUCAUCAGCGUACAAUGCAAUUCUGUCUGCUUUAACUGGGCAUGCCCUGUUUAAGUUUGUAUAGUUACAUGCUUGAGCAGUAAUGUAUGGACCUGGCAGAGCGUAUGCACUUUGGCUGAUCUCUUGUGUAGUGGAUUGCAAAGUGCCUCACGGUGGUUUCCGGGUUUUUCCCUUGCAAGGAUCAGUGGUGUUCAUAGAAAUAAGGCGGCCCAAUGAGUCUGCAGAAAAGGUGGGACUUGAUUCCUGGGUCUUCCAGACUGAGCCCCAGCUUGAAACACUCAACCCAAUCACUUUGAGGUUCAGGUGAGGAGAGGAAGCACAAGUCAUUCACGCUUCAUCUCCUGUUGUCUCCUUGGAUCAUCUGAGGAUAAACAGAUGAUCAUCAUCAAGGCAGCUCCAAGCUUCUUUGCUUCCAUGUUAGUUGCUCACUGUCUGAUGGCUUAAGAGCAACAGAAGUUCAAUCCCUAGCUCAGAAUUUGCCUGUUGGAUUCCUACAACUGUGCUAGCUGUGGCAGAUGGAAGCCCAAAAAUUUAUGGAGGGCACAAGAUUGGCGAGGGCUGGAUUGUGUUAAUCGUCCAUUGUAAAAGUGUAAAUCUGAGAGUACACUGGUGCCCCUCCCAGCUUGCAGAACUCAAGCUGGCCUUCACUAUACCCGCCUUUCCAAACAAAAUGUCUUUAAACUGGAAGCUGGGAAUUGAUGGCUCAGUUGGUUACAGCAUAGUGCUGAUACCACCAAGGUUGCAGGUUUGAUCCCCGUAUGGGAUAGCUGCAUAUUCCUGCAUUGCAGGGGGUGGGACUAGAUGAUCCUCAGGAUCCCUUCCAACUCUACAUUUCGAUGAUUCUAUGAUCUUUCUUUCUUUCUUUUUCUUCUUUUUUCCCCCAAAACCAAAAAAAUGCAAAAAAAAUACAGAGGAAAGUAAAAGUCAAAUACACACACACACACACACACACACACCAAACCAAACUCCCCCCCCUUUCCCACCCACCACCUUGCCUUAUACUUACCGGUAUAACAGAUUUUAAACUAAAAUAUGACUUCCUUCCAUCAAUGCUUGACCUUAUUUUACAUUCUUAUCUUUAUUGUUGUGUUGUUAUGUUUUGAUUCUAUGAUCUUUCUAUGAGUUGGACCAUUGUCCAUAUUCCUAGCUAUGCAGAGCACUUGAACACUCACAGAGAGAAAGAGAGACAGAGAGACUUUGACAACUACUUCCUGGGUUUCAUGUAUGUGUGAGUAGCUGAUGUUUGUAUUUGCACCGCUCUGUCUCUUUUUGUUUUUUAUUUAUUCCCUUGGUGACUCCAUUAAAAUAAUAACGAUAAAGGUGGUUCCACAAAAGCUCGUGUUUUCACACGGGCUUCACUCAAAGGGCUGGCGGUUUCCAUGGCUGCCCCGUCUCCCUGUGGCAACACGCCCUUUAUUGUGUUGGUGGUGGUUUUAUUUUAUUUUUUAUUCUUUGGCUUCAUAAACUUCUCCAAGUGUUUAAGCAGAAAAAGGGAUUCGUGAGGAAGAGGAAAAGAGGUCAGCGUUGGCAGCGCGGGUAAAAAGGUAAAGAAAAGUAUUGGUCCUCUGCUGAUCAGGUUCUGAGACAGGGCGGUAUCUACUUAAGUUAUAAUCACAGUAAACCCACUGAAAUUAAUGAAGCUACCUAAGUUAGGUGUACUCUGAGUAGAACUAGAAUGGGCUGCAACCCAAAAUGAUUUUUCUUUUAAUGAUCUUUAUUGUGUAGGUUGAAAUGACGGACCCACUCUUUCCCCCUUGCUGCGGAGUCUGAAUGCCGUCAGAGCUUGCACCCACAGCAGGAUUCCCACCUCUGCUCUACCACCCAACUCUGAUCAGAGAAGGGAACUGCACCAGUUAAGGAAGCCACCUGAAUACAAGCAGGCCAGAAAGAAUCUAAUAAUGCUCCCUGGCCAAUAUAAAAGCUUUCAGGGAGCUCUUUCUUGCUGCUUAGAAGAUAGAUGGCAUUGUCCAGUGCCCAAAGAGUCACGGUUGCAGGCUGAGAUUGCUUGUUUAGAUCCAAGCCUGCCAUUUGGGUGGCAAGGUAUGGCUGGCUUGCUAACUGAACCCUUCUGGAACAGAGAAAACCUGUUCACUCUCUGGAAACCUCCUGAUCUUGACUACUGCAGUUCAUUGUGCGUUGGGCUGUGCUUGAAGACUACUUAGAAACUUCAGUUAGUUCAGAAAUCUGCUUUGAGAAGGUGGACCCAGGGCAAGGCAAAAGGGCACUUACGAUGCCAGUUGUUUAUUAACAACUUCACUAGUUUCCAGUCUGUUUCUGAGCACAGCUCAAUAGUCCUAUUAUUAUUAUUAUUAUUAUUAUUAUUAUUAUUAUUAUUAUUAUUACUAUACCACCCUAUACCCAGAGGUCUUAGGGCGGUUCACAGAAUAACCUUCUUUUAACCUUCUGACAAGGGACCCAGGUGGCGCUGUGGGUUAAACCACUGAGCCUAGGGAUUGCUGAUCAGAAGGUCAGCGGUUCGAAUCCCUGUGACGGGGUGAGCUCCCGUUGCUCGGUCCCAGCUCCUGCCAACCUAGCAGUUUGAAAGCAUGUCAAAAUGCAAGUAGAUAAAUAGGAACCGCUACAGUGGGAAGAUAAACAGCAUUUCUGUGUGCUGCUCUGGUUCGCCAGAAGUGGCUUUGUCAUGCUGGCUACAUGAUCUGGAAGCUAUACGCCGGCUCCCUCGGCCAAUAAUGCGAGAUGAGCGUGCAACCCCAGAGUCGGUCACGACUGGACCUAAUGGUCAGGGAUCCCUUUACCUUUAACCUUCUGACACCACUGGAGUUUGGCUACCAUCAGCCCUGACCAUUGGACAUGCUUGCUAGGGUGGAUGGGCACCAUAUUAGCUACGCCUGCCCUUGACAGAUAUUCUGGCAAAGGCUUAAAAAAAAAUCUACCCAGGACUCUAAAUCACUUUUUUGCUUGUACUGGGGAAAACAUUUUGCUGCCUUCUUUCAUCUUCAGCCUCCUGUUGCUGGUUUGUUUGUUUUUAGUGACUUUGAUAUUUUUAUUGUUUCACAAAUUUAUAUGCCGCUGAGCAUAAAAAUGCCAAAAGGUGGUGCACGGCAUAAAAGAAUAUAGUAUGACAUAAAAACAGUUUAAAAAUCAGUGUAAAAUUAAGCCAUACUGUUGUAUGUUUACUGUGAGAUGCAAUUAAAUUCCAUGUGCAUAAAUAAACUAGGAGGCCUGGGGUUUUAUACAGUGCAGACUUGUUGAAAGUAAUGGCCAUUACUAAUGCAGGGCUGUUACUUUCAAUGGGACUGUGCUGAGUAGAACUCAGUUGGCUACAACCCCUGACCUUGCUUUGCCCUGCUCUCAUCAGUAUCUGGCUUGGAUGCAGAUCAUCACGUUUCUGGCAUAGCCUUUCCCAGCCUGGUGCCUUCCAGGUGUUGCUGGACCAGAUGUUGCUGGAUCAGGUGGCAAAUGUGCAGAUGAUGGGACUGGGCAUCCAGCAGGCUCAUCUUGCAGGCUCCAUGUUGGGGGCGGCAAGUGUGGCUGGUUCCAACCACAGGCCAGUCCAAGACACUUGGGUUGAUGUGUUCUUACUUGUUUAUACUGUAUAUCUUGAUUUAAGAGUUUACAUUCUUAAAUGCAUUCAUCUGUUUAACCAUCAUACUUUAGAGGGACUUUCUUUAAGCAGCAUUGGGGGGGAAUUAUCCCCAUGUCAGGCAAGCUAGAGACUUUGGAACGAUCUCCCUUUCUUCACUGCAAUGCAUGGCGCCUGUUGUUGGAUUUUUUCAAAUACCUCUGGCGUGCAGAGAAGGAACAUUUUCAGUUUACUCCUGUUCUCUCCAUUUGUGGCAAAUGGCAAUCUGGGUGAUGUGGACUGCUGCCAUUCUGAAUUCAUUCUUUUUUAAAAUAAAAUAAAAUAAAACACCCCAAGUUUCUAGACCUUAUGGAUGCAAAGAGCUUUGAAACAGCAUGGCCAGCAUCUGCUAUCCCAGUGUUUCCCAACCUUGUGCCUCCAGCUGUUUUCGGACUACAAUUCCCAUCAUUCCUGACAAAUGGUCUUGCUAGCUAGGGAUGAUGGGAGUUGUAGUCCCAAAACAUCUGGAGGCACAAGGUUGGGAAACACUGUGCUAUCCCACAGUGAGCUGCGUGACUUACCCAAGCUCCUUGCCUUUUCUCACGAAAUUAGUAGCAGAAUAAUAUAUUUGCUUUACAUCAUUCAUGCAAGUUUAGUUAAUUUGUAUAAUUUAUGCAGGGCACAGAAUGCACACAGUCCUGGUUAUCUUUUGCUUAAUAAGUGAAAAAACUUGGCUUUGGACUUUCCUCCUUCAGCUUCACACUACUAUGAUGAUGAACAUUAUAUGCCCACAUACACAGAGAUAUUAAAAAACAACACCUGUCUUUUGUUGCCAUCGGCUCCUAAAAAUCUGUGCAUCUUGUGGUCAUUGGCAUCUGUGUUGCUGCAGAGGUCAAGGAUCUGGUUUCUCCUCCCUAACUGGCUCCUAUAAAUUUUUGCUGGCUCCUAACUUUUUGCAUGCAUAUAUAUAUAUAUAAAAUCUCUCCCAGGGAGUGGAGCUGGCACAGCUGCCAGUUGAUUUGAAUAUUUACCAAUACUACUUACUCCCUGUCUCUCACUGUGUCUCUCCCCCCCCCCUUUCUCUUAAUUGUGUAUAUAUUUGCUCUGCAUGUAUCCCAUAAAAUACCUGCUGUUUUGGGCGUACCCCAUUUUGCAGGGUACAUGAGAUCAUGCUGUAAAAAUGCAAUGAAAAACACUUUCGUGCCACAACACAUCAAAUGGGAUUUUGUUGUAGGAUGAAGAUAGAUAGAUAUAUUUUUCUCACCCCAUUUGCUGAGCACAACAGUUUUCUCUCUCUGCGUGUGCUUGGAAAAUCAUUAAACAUUUAUUUUAUUUUUGUUUUGAAGUUGGGGGCGGGACCCUAUCCUUUUGCAAUAGGGCUGUUUAAUUUUUGUCGUUAUCCUGCUACGGUAUGUCAUUAUCCUUCUAUGGAGUUGGGCAGCACAACAGCCUUAUAAAUAGGAUGGUGAUUCUGAAAGAACCAAAUCCCGUGACGCCUUCUCUUUCUGCUGUCUGAGUGAGGCUGCAGUCCUGUGCCCACUUACCUAGGAGCAAGUCCCAUUGAACUCAAUGGCUCAGUAACACUUAUAGAACUGCACUGUGAGCAAGUGGUUAUUGAAACUCCUGGAAUGUAAGAGGAAAGGAAGAGCCCUACUCAAUCCAACUAAAGAUCCAUUUAGCUCAUUCUUCCGCUUCCUAAUGUGGUUGACCGAAUUCCUAUGGAAAGCCUUUAAAGAAGCACAGGAACACCUGAGCUGCCCUUUUCGGAAUCUGUCCAUUGAUCCACUCAGUGUUGUCUGUACUGACUGGCAGCAGCUCCCCAAGGUUUCAGAUGGAGAGACCAAACUCAACUAUGGCCCUUCCUCCAAAGUAAAAUAAGACUGGGGCCCUCAUGGUGCUAUAAAUAGGUGAUUUCAUAGAAUCAUGGAGUUGGAAGGGAUCCUGAGGAUCAUCUAGUCCAACCCCCUGCAAUGCAGAAAUAUGCAGCUGUCCCAUAUGUGGAUUGAACCUGUGACCUUGGCACCAUGCUCUAACCAACUGAGCUAUAUAAGAAUAACUCCCAUAUGCUGAUCUGAGCCAUCAGCAGCUGCCCUCUAGGGUUUCAGGCAUGGACCUCUACCAGCCUUAUCUGGAGAUGCUGGGGAUUGAACCAGGACCCUUCUUUCUGAUAAUCAGGUGCUCUACUACUGAGUAUGGCUCUUCCACAAGCAGGGAUUUGACCCAGUAGCCCUUCUGUUCUGUUUAUUCUCCAGUGACUAUUGGUGUUCAGUGGUGAAGUUGUGCCUUCAAAUAUGCAGGUUCUCUUUAUCUGCCAUAACCAAUAUCAGCCAACUUCUUUGUCUUCUUUGUAAUUGGCUAGGGAUGCAGGUGGUGCUGUGGUCUAAACGACUGAGCCUCUUGGGCUUACUGAUUUGAAGGUUGGUGGUUUGAAUCUGUGCAACGGGGUGAGCUCCCGUUGCUACAUCCCAGCUUCUGCCAACCUAGCAGUUCGAAAGCACACCAGUGCAAGUAGAUAAAUAGGUAGCGCUGUGGCAGGAAGGUAAAAGGCACUCAUCACUGUGUCCUGUUGUGCCAGAAAUGGUUUAGUCAUGCUGGCUACAUGACCCGGAAAGCAGUCUGUGGACAAACGCCGGCUCCCUUGGCCUGAAAAGCGAGAUGAGCCCCUCACCCCAUAAUCACCUUUGACUGGACUUAACUGUCCAGGGAUCAUUUACCUUUUUUUUUUUUUACCUUACUUGCCUAAUCACCUUUUAAAACUGUCUAAGCCAGUGGCCAUCUCUGCACCUUGUGACAGUGAGUUCCAUAGGUUAACUAUGCAUCCCACAAAGAAGCCCUUUUCUUUUGCCUCUGCUCCCCACUGGUUUCACUAAAAGACCCUGAGUUCUACGACAAGAGGAUAGCUCUCUACAUACUUCCCCUUCACCACAUCCUUGAUCCUGUCCACUGCUGCUCUUAAUCUUCUUCCGUCCCUACAUGAAAAAAUGGACCUAUUUUCCUGGCUUGGUGUUUGGCAGCUUGCUAUGCCAGCCCUUUACCCAGAACCACAAAGGGCAGAAUCUUUAUUUGCUUUUAGAGGAAGGGUUGGCCACCCACUUUGCAUACAGAAGGUCCCAGGUUCAAUCUCUAACUUCCCCAGGUUGGGCUGGUGAAUAGACUCAUAAUUGAAAACCUGGAAAGCAGCUGUCAGUUUAUCAAAGUAGACUAAACUGAUCUGGGAAGACCCAACGGCCUGAUUCAGUUCAAGGUAGCUUUCUACAUUCCUAAGGAGAACCAGGAGCAUUGCUUGUUUCCAGACGUGUAGGAAGGAUUUCGGCAGAGUUGCCCAACGGGCUCUAGCUUCACCACCCUCCCCUUUGAUCACUUAUUACUUUUCUAUUUCUCCCUUUUUUGUUGCUGUAAUCAUUGCAAAAUCUCCUGGCUUUUUGGGAAAGCUCCAGGACUCCAGGGCCCAUAUUGCAUCGUACCCAGCUUUGGAAAAAUGGGUCACAAAGCUUGGUUUGAGAAAGGAGGGAAGAGAUAGGCAUCUUGCUGCAACUUGAUCUUUAUUGGGAGAUAAACGGAAGGAUUGCAAGCCUGCUGUGGCGCAGAAUAUUCCUUUUGGGGUGCGGGUGGUGGAAUCAAGAAAGCAAAGUUCUUCCACAUCUCUUAGUCUGGCUCUUCCUCUCUUAGCCUGGUUGGUGUGGAUUGCUUGCUCCAAUGUGAUAGCAUACCAACAACAAUCUCUCUUAAAUGCAUGCUUUCUUCUUCCAGAGAUAAGAGUUGUGAUGACAGUAGGAGAUAGGUCUUAGGGCAGGAAAUAGUGUUAAAGACUUCUCUGGAGCUGCCAGCUACCUCCCAGGGGAACAAGAGGAGCAGCAAGCUCAUCAGGGCAAAGAGACACCACCAAGUAUAGGGAACCUAUCAGACUCUGUUUCCUGAAGCACCCUGGGAGGGGUUACUGAUCCUGACACCCCUCCUCAACGUGUGAUUUGGAAUGGAUUUCAAGCCCAGGGAACACAGGAUACAAGGAUGAAGUGACUUCACAGCUUUAAAAUAAACCCAAUCUGAUUCCUGGUCAUCGAAAGGUAGGAGAGACCGCCAAGACCACAAAUGGGUAUGUCCGCCCACGCGGGUUCUUUUUUCCCUACCUUUCUGUGUCUCUGUGGCAAUUUGUUGCUCCUGUCCAUGCGGUUGAUCUAGUCUGUGUGUUUUAUGCCUAGUUUGUCAGCAAAAGAGUCACAGCUAGCGACACAGGGAAGUGUGAGGCGCUGGCGCACCCCCUACAAGGUGUGUUGCCUCCACCUUCUCCAGCCUAAAUGGAUGGUAGACCAAUGGUCUGAAUGGUAGACAGGUCAAAGGUCUAAAUCAGGACAAGGCAGCUUCUUCUGUUUACAGGUAGCUCAAUGUGGCAGAACAACCAUCCGUAGUUCAGCGGUAGCAUAAUAUGCUUCUGCUCAUGCUCCGCAUCCAUCCCAAAGUGAGCUUUCUCACAGGAAGGUAAAUGUGAGAAAUACCAUCUGCACAAUCACCAUCCAGGUCAAGAAAAACACUGUGUAGGGGGGCGUGUCAUACAUGAGGUCAAAACAUUUGUCACUGAAACAUUAGUCCUAACAAAUUGUCAGGGAACGGCAGUGUGGAAACCUGGGUGCUUUUUUGGAAUUGUCACCUGUCCAAAUAAUCACUUGUCCCCCUUUUGUCACUCUUCCCUCCCUCGGCCCUUCCCCAAGUUCUAUUUUCUAAAAGUGGCCAAUGCCAAAUUUCACACUUGGUUCUCAUAAAGUGAGCUAGUAAAUGUGAGACUAGACAGUGGCACUUUCGGUUCUGCUGGUGGUGGGAAGCAGCUUGCAUCGUCAAAUAUUCCUGCACAGGAAGGGGGCAAAAUGAUGCACAUUCACACAAAAAUGUUUUGGGGAAAGGCGAAGAAAUGUGAAUAUGGCAUCGCUUUCCAUUCCACCCUGUAGCCGUCGCAUGCAGCACUGUUUCUUUUCUGCUGCAGUUUGUCUUCCACCAAAAACAACAUUUGUCUUGUAGUCUGUUGUGGCAAGAUUAUGUAAUUUAAGUAAUUUAUGUAAUUAGUUAUGUAGCUGGCCUAAGUUUCAUUUUCUUUACAUUGUUCCACCCCAUUCAUAUCAGUGCAAAGGAAACACGUUGAAAAUUUGGGAGCUGAGGGGACGUAAUCAGUUACGGUUUUGGGGGGCGGAACGCAGCAACAAUAAGUGAAUAUCAAUUGUAUUCGUUGAAUUAAUUUUCAUUCCCGGGACGAAUAAGCGAACUCUGCAAUUCCCAUUCCCGUUUUCGGCAGAAUGCUCUGACGUCCCUAUUUGCAAGAACUGCCAACUCUGUAAUCACUCUGCAAACUUUAGUUGCAACACAUCCUUAAAAUGACACACAAGGCAACUGAGGGUACUGAGGUUUUCCCAGAUGGCAUUACCUUCUCAGUCUGCCCUCUACUCUAGCCAGGUGCCAGCAGAGCGAGUGCCUCCCCCCACUGCUCCCCAAGCUGAGCAUCUCAGGAGAGCUGGGCCCCGCAGUGUCAGAGGUGACCGGUGGAAGGCCAAUGUUAUGUAAAUAUUUCUGCUGCAACAUGGCGAGGAAUGAGAGCCAGCCUUACACAUCCAUCCAUCAUUGACGGGAUGGGCCUCUCUGGAGCCAGCGGGGUUUGUAUGGAAGUGGCUGGCAGGGGGAUGGGGGGACACAGACAGAGGCAGCAAGUGCCCCCGCUCACAAACUGUUUGUUUUCCUUUUUGUCCCUUUUGGUUUGGGGCACCCCACUGGGCACCCGACUCUCUGCUUUGUCUGCACAACCUCUCCACCCACCCGCUUGGCCCUUCGCUCUACACGCAACCCCCCCCCCCACUUCUCCCUCUCAAAUAAGAUCUUUCCAGGUUUUUUUGCAUUUCGGCUUCUCUCUUUCCAACUUCAAAGGUGCCCCUUCAUUGUCUUGGAAUCGGCAGGCAGUGGCCCUGAAACGCGAUCACAGCCAGGCACGGUGUAGGUCACCCCCUGAGCACCCUGCCUCGAGCCUUCAAAGGGAUGGGCAGAUGCUUCCCUUUGCAUGCUUCACAACCCUGGUUACAGCUCUUUCCUCCUCCCUCCCUCCCUCUCUGGCCUCUAUGCCCCCCUUGCUACAUCGCUCUGUCACCACAGCUCAGUUCUCAGAGCAUCUGCUUUGCGUGCAGAAGGUCCCCUUCGGCUAGGAGAGACCCCAGUCUGAAAUCCUGGAGAGCUGCUCCCAGUCAUUGUAGACAGUGCUGAGCUCAGUGGACUAAGGGAUUCAACUCGGGACAAGGCAACUUCCUAUGUUUAUAGACCAGACUGAGGGACAUACCAUUUUGCAGGUGGGACGUACCAUUUGGGGAAGGGGUGUAGGUCAGUGGUAGGUUUGCAUGCGGAAGGUCUCAGGUUCCAUCCUUGGUGUCCCCAAGAGGGGCUGGGAGUCCACAUGGCUAGCUGCACCAAAGGUUUGACUCAGGAUACAGUAGCUUCCUCUGCUCUCUCUUGCCCUGCUUGGGGACGUCGGCCUCCUGGCCCUGCCAGUAGCACAGUUUGGCACUAAACUGGAUGUGAAGGAGGUGGCACUCCACAAUGAACAGGUGGGAGGUUGUGUUCUGCCCCGUUUUUCCAGCCCCCACCUCUUGUUGGUUCUUCUCUCCCCCCCCUCCCCCCAGCCUCCAGUGAACCAUGAUCUCCACACUUGGCGUCUCAGGUGAUUUGAGAUGUCUCUGCUAGGACUGAGGAGCAGGAAUGGAUCUACCAUGAAACGAAUGAAGUUUGAGCUUCAGGGCCCCUAAUCCCAGAGGGGCCCCAGAAGUGACUUUAGUCCACAUUGCUUAAUUUUUUUUUAGGUCAGUAGACCCAAUCUGAGUUGCACAUCUUGGAAACUAUAAGGCGUAGGAAAUAUUUAUUCACACCAGUGACUUUGACAUAUGAGAUAAUCCAGCACAGCAAUUUUAAUCAAAAUCUUGAGUUGUAGUAGUUAUUUUUCUUAAAAAAUAAAAUUGUGGUGAUCUGUCAUGGAACAACUCCAUUGGAGAAGAUAAAAAGGGUUACCCAUACCUUGUUGUUGGUUGCAAAGGGGACCCUAUAAUAGUUCAAGCUCCAGGGCCCUCAAAAUGUAGGUCUGCCACUGCCAAGGAGCUCCGGAGAGCUUGUCUACAACUGAGUAGGGAGUGCAAGGAAGGGUGCAGCGGCAUACUCUCCAACUCCUGGUAAGAAAAAUCCGGGAUCAGCAGCGGCGCAGCACCGGAAGUCACUUCUACGCAUGUCUGGACAUGUGUAGAAGCGACCUCCGGUGCCGGCGCUGCCCGAUUUCCGGUGCCCCAACAUGGGCAGAGUGGCACCCGAAAUAGGUUCUGCGCAUGUCCAGACAUGCACAGAAGGAGCCUCCCUGGCAGGUAGGAAAUCCGGGGGAUUUACGGGAUUUUUCUCUAUUCAGGAUAACAGCGGGAAACGGGUUUAAAUACAGGGGUUUCCCAUGAAAAACGGGAGACUUGGCUGCUAUGUGCAGCGGGGAGUUUUGGAGCCGUAGUUUGUCCUGAGGGGUCAGUGUUGCAACCUCCCUGGCCUCAGCCCAUGAGCAGCCCAGAGCAGCGGCAGUGGGUGGGUGGAGUAAAAGAUGCCUUGGACUUUGUGUUGGGUGUCAAGUGCAAACUCCUCAGCCCUGUUCAGAGUUGGGAAAGCCAUUUCAGAUCUCCAGGGGCCGUUUGAGCCCCUCUCUAAGGAUGUGGUCAGGAUUCCUCAGCCUCUCUCUCCCGUGGCAGAAAAAGCUCAUCAGGAAAUUAGCCUUCUCCCCUUCCCUUCCCUUCCCUUCCCUUCCCUUCCCUUCCCUUCCCUUCCCUUCCCUUCCCUUCCCUUCCCUUCCCAGCCAACCACCCCUCUAUGUUUUCAUUGGCUUCUUGCUUGGCAGGGGGUUGGACUGGGUGGCCCUUGUGGUCUCUUCCAACUCUAUGAUUCUAUGAUUCUUCACAAUACAUUCAGAGCAACCUCCUUGUUGCAGUCUCUAGGCAGUUUCUUAAGGUACUUCACCUUAAGCGUGCGAUUGUGUGCAGGGGGAUAUCUCCUCACCCCCCAGUCAUAAUUGGUUACAUUUUUGUUUUCUCAUAGCCUUCAUGAAGGUCCUGGCCAACUGCUGACUUGUACCUGCGGCCUCAUUAGGGAGGGCAAGACGCCUCUGUUUCCCAACAAUUUCUGAACUCGUUCCUGGGUUUUAUCUUCAAGAGUCAUUUGUUCCUCUCCCUCCGCCCUGACUUCUGUGGAGCCCAAGAAGUGCCUCAUGCAUGCAAGAGUGCUAGUGUAGCUUUUGAAGAAAUGCAGGAGUGCCUGCAUAGCUUUUGAAGAAUGAACACAAGUGAAUGAGCACCACAAUCAUUCCGCCGCCCUUUUCGUUGGCCUUCUAUCUUAUUAUUCACUUGUCCUCUGAAGGCUCUGAUCCCCCGUUUCUUCCACGUACUCCUCCUGGGUCUUAUUUGACAGCAGCAUACAGAGAAUGUUUUGCCAAAAUGGCACCUUUUUGCACUGACACUGAACCAACAAUAGCGCAAGUCUUAACACCAAGAGCGAAAUGCAAAGGUGUUGCGUAGUGAAUUGUAGAAUAGUCCAACUCCCUGCAACACCAGAAUCUUUUCCCCAAUGUGGGGCUCAAACCCACAGCCCUGAGAUUAAGAGUCUAGUGCUCUGCCAACGAAGCUAUGCCAGAUAUUUCCCCUGCCCUCAACUGGAGAGCCCGUUGAGUCUCCCUCUCUCCCUCUCUUUCUUUUUCAUCUACUCGGAAGCCUUCCUUUACUUCCCUGUCACCCUAAUUGAUUGCAUUAACCUUUCAGCGUAUUGGAUUUCUCCGGCAUCAUGCAGAGAGAUCUGUGCAAUAUGCUUAUAAUCUGGGCCGUAAUGGACAGGGAGCAGUCGACAAACCCCCUUUGCCAACAGGUUCCCUGACAGAUUGGCUUUCCGAAAACGAGUGGCCGGUGGGGGUGGGGGGUUGGUUUGAGACACGAUGGAAAGGGCAUGACAUAAGUAUCAUUUGCACCUCUGGGUCUGUUUUUUUGGGGGGGGGGAAUUGGUGUAUAAAUGCAAAGCAGCCGUGGAAGUGCUGAGUAUUAUGACUGCUGAGUCCACCUCAUUUAUACAGCCAGGUCUUCAUGAGCAAAAUUUUCAGCAGGCAUAUUUAUAAACGUGUAUACGGGCAUAUUUAUAAACAUAGAAAAUUAUGCAUGGUGUUGAAGCAUGGCUGGGACAGGGGGGCUUUCCCCAGUCUCACACAACACUUUAAAUGGUCAUAGAAACCAAUCGGUCCAUUCAUGACAGCUCACAUAUAAUUGCUGAGCAGAGCCUCCAUGUCCAGCAGCACUGUACCUCUGACAGCCGGAUACUGCGAAUGAACAACAGGAAAAGGCCUUGCUCUUCCUGCUCUUACUCAGGAGGGUCACUGUAUGGCAGGAUUCUGGAUGCUCUUCUUUGCCUUAAGCAUCUAAUUGUUCUUUUGAAAGGGUCUGUUAAAACCAAAGCAACCAAUUGCGGGAACUUGCCCAGAGCUGACUUCUGUUGCUUUUUUUUUAAAAAAAAAUGCAGGUGGAGCCUAGAGCGUAAACCAAAACCAGAGCAAAAGCAGGCAGCCAAGAUGAUAAUUCUGUCAUUUUUUUGGUCUGGGGGGGGGGGGCGUGGAGGGACUUGGGCAGCAGAUACGUGGUUUGUCUCCCUAUUAAAUCCGGGUCCCCUUUAGUACUGUGGAGACUCUAAAGUGUGCUUGCACUUGUGUCUGCAAGGGCUGCCUAAGCUCGUCUUUAGAGGCUGCCCUAACAGCUCACGACGGUGGUGAGGAUGAGAAUGUUUCCUGGCACCAAUAGAUAGAUAUUUUAUUGACAAUGUUUUAAAACGUAUAAAAGAGCAACUGGAAGCCCAUGUGAUGGUAAAUUUGCCAAGAUCUCCCGUAAAUGAGAGGGUAGCUUUUCUCUUUACGUAUAUAUAAAACGUCUCUUCCCCAACCUGGGAUGGGAUGUUCGACUGAGCAGGGGACAUUCUGGAAAGAGGAGUCUGUGGGUGGGAUCACCUUGAAGCAUUACCCUGGGCAAAGCUCUGUGAUGGGCAAAAUUUUGAGGAGCACGGGAGGCUUGUGGUGUCAUUCAUUCAUUCAUUCAUUCAUUCAUUCAUUCAUUGCAUUUAUAUCCCACCUUUUUCUCCAUGGUAGUAUACAUGAUUCUUCCCCCGCUUUCAUUUGUUCCACACAACAAUAGGCUGAGAGGUCAUGACUGGCCCAGUGAGAGCUCCAUGGCUGAGUGGGGAUUUGAACCAUAGUCUCCCAAAUCGUAGUCCAGCACUCUAACCAGUGCACAACACUGCCUCAGAUAUUACAUACAGUAUUUCAUUUCGGAGAGGGCUUCUCUCCAGCGAAGAAGCAAAACCUUCACUUGCACGCUACAUUUUUGGCGUGUGCGUUGGUAUUAAAGCUUGACACCAUCUUACCUACCGGAAGUGGGUGACAAGGAGCGUUCAAAAGAAGUGGUGUGUGUUGGUGUGUUUGAGAGAGAGAUGAGAGUUCACUGAGAUGAAGCAAAGGAGGGAAGAAUGGAAAAGAGGGAUUCAAAGAAGAUGGCAGCACCUCUGAAUGGAAGAGUAAACAGGCGCUGGGCGGCAUUAAGUUAAUUGAUUGCUCUGCAACAGGCGGAACACUGUGUUAUUCUGUCGCCGUGGCAACAACCCCCCAAAAUUGUCAGCCUGUUUGGAUGAAGUGAAGCGAGACAUUGUCUAAUUUGCGGUGAUCUGGGUGUUUGUUUUUCCUUCUGAGGGGGCGGGGAUCCAUUGAUCUGUUGUUUGCUCAAAACUCUUGCUCUAGUUUUUUUCUCUUUUCUUUUUUUUUAGAAUAAUAAUCAUAAUAACAUUUUCUUUAUUUAAAAAAAAUCAGAGGUGGCUGGAAGCAGGGGGGUGGAAAUGUUGAUUGUUUCCUCAAGUUACCUUGGUUUCGUCACAUGGGCCGCAGAGGUGAAAAACAAAAAAAAGUCAUCUCCUUGCUUAACCUCACGGGGAGGGAAUUAGGAGCGUUACUGAAACUGGGAGUUGAUUCAUAUCUUCCUCAUGGAAGCCAUGCAAAAUUUCAGCUUAGCGAUCCAAAACAUCUUGUUUUCUUUGCCAGGGCAGGAGUUGUAUGGGUGGGGAUUAAAAGAAAGCAAUAUUAAACAUGUUCUUUAAAAGAAAACCUUUCCCGAACAAUUUUAAUUUUAUAAUUCAGUAUUUAUUUUCCAGCUGAGUGCCAGGUGCUGUCUAAAAGAUUGUUCCAGAGCAACUGCUGCUUCCAGGUUAUAUAGUCUACGCCAGCUUAUAAGACCCUUUCCAUUGUCCCCACCAACUGAAAGUGUUGGAAACUCAGAUCUAUAAGCUAAUUGCCAAAUUGCACCUUAAGCCUAGGUUACAGUCGCCACAAUGGACUGUCUAGGUGCCUUUUUUGCAGUGAGAUGAUGAUGGUGAUUCAUUUCACUUACAUACUGCUUUAUAUUGUAAAAGGGGGGGGGAAUCUCAGAGUGGUUUACAACACAUUAAAACAUCAAGUAAAAGAAUCCAGACUAAAACUAAUGCAAGCUUCAAGGAAAAUAUUUCAGAUCCUUCUCUAAGUGACAUUUUGCUUUCUCCAUAUUUACUUACCGACUUAAUUUAUAGAGCUGCCCCAUUGCAGAAGUACUCUAGGAAGCCAGUGUGGAGUAGUGGUUAAGAGUGUCGAACUAGGACCUGGGCGAUCAGGGUUCAAAUCCCCACUCAGCCAAGAAGCUCACUGAGUGAACUUUAGCCAGUCACAGCCUCUUAACUUACCUCACAAGGUCGUUGUAGGGAUUCACUGGGGGGGGGGGUGAACCGUGUACUUCUUGGAGGGAUAUAAAUGGAAAAAAUAAACUCUUCUGCUGAUCUGCUUAAGAAGGCUAGAGGUACUGUACCAACCAAAUGGAGAUAUCAGUCGCCGACCUGGCAUCCAGAGACCUCCCCAUGGUCGCAAUUGGACCCACACCAGUUGCAAAAUGCGCCUGGAGCUUGGGGGAUUUCGAGCGCUGGUUGGGGACAACAAGAAGCUGAGCAGCCUAACUCUUUAGAAGGAGAAGUCAUUUAUUCCAAUAACCUGCCAAAAGGCACUCUAAGCAGACGUAACACAACUUACUGACACAUCAUGAAUAAAAGAGUAUGGUGUGUCAGGAGAGCAAAAUCACUGGGAUUUCUGAGGUAACAUUCUUCAGUCUUGGGUUCUUUGCUCUCACUUCACAGUGACUUGGUGGCCCAGUUAGCAUUUGACACUAAGCCAUGGUUAGCCAAACCAUGAUUUGUCAGUCACUCAGCUGAUUCAACAAAACCAUGCCUUGAUUCUCCAAAGUUUGGUUUCAUUUUCAAGCUGCUUCUGCCUUUGGAGCUUGGCAAGUGGCUAUGGUGGGUUGGCCAAGCAAGCCAUGCUUAAGGAAGGCUGCUCAUAUAAAUCAAGCCAAGGUUCAUAAGGCAACAACAAAAACUUGGCUUCAGAUCAUGGUUUGUUGGCAGUAAACAAACCAUAGUUCAGGCACAAGGCAAGGGUCACCCAGUUCACCACAGUUUAUUAAACCCUGGAUCAGUGUGUGAAGAAAAGGUCUUUAAAUGUUCCCAUUUUACAGGAUGGUAGAAUGGAGAGUGAGAAAAGGUUCCCACAACAAAGACCACCCAGUGGACAUUAGCAGAAAGACAUGAGGCUUAUAUCCAUAUCUCCCAUUUCAUGGACGUACAAUGAAUCAAGUAGACAACAGACAAAUCUCACCUUGCUCUCCCCAUGAAUCUGACCCUACCCUUAGAGCACAUGGUUGACUGUGGAGUAUUGGUCUCCAAAGUGGAGCUACCAUUUAUUUUUUUUGUCUGGAUCAUAAUACACUGGUGCCUAUAAGCCGGAGAGGAAUAUGGCAUGGAGAGGAACCCAUUUAUCCCCUGGAUUCCUUGUUCUUCCUCUUCUCCUUUCUUCUGAAAGUAUUUCCUGUUCCAUGUUUCUUCCUUUUCCUCCUUUUCUGCCCUACCCCUUCCCUUGUUCAUCAUAUGUUCUUCUAGAUAUCAGGUCCUACAAUCUAGGGAAAACACACACGCACACACAAUCUAGCUGAGAUUCCUCUAUUGCAGGGGGUUGGACUGGAUGACCCUCGGGGUCCCCUCCCAACUCUACAAUACUGUGAUUCCUUUUUUCCACCCUCUCCCACUCAGCUGUUGCAUGAACUCCAAUGGGGGUUACCUUGAUGGGUUCAGGUUUGGUGGUAGCAGCGGUGAGUUGGAGCAGUGUCUGGUGCUAAACAUCAUCUUCCCACCCAAUCCCAGAAUAGAGUGGGUUUUCCUGGGGGUGCUCCUGCUACAGUUCUGCGGGUAUGAUGCACAUUUGCGGUACGUGUGUGUUGUGUGUGUGUUUUCGAAAAAAGAGCAAACUGUUUGACUGGCAGAAGCGGCAGUUGAAACGAGGUGGUUAUUGGCGUCAGGAAAAGCUAAAUAACCCUGUAACUGGUAUGAAGGUGAAUUCAUGGUCUGGUGAGCACUGAAAAUAUGAGAGUUCUCUAGACAGGCAGCGUGGCGCAGGAAAUAACAGCGCAGAAGCUUCCGAGGAAGCCUGGAUAGCCAAGGGCAGGGCAUCAGGACAAGAGGGGUCUGCUGGCGGCUGUGUAAGCAGGGUGGCACAUUUUUCCCUUGCCUGGAGUGAAAUUCAGAAAUCUGAUCAGCCUCAUUUAAAAAAGGAAGGAAGGAAGAAGAAGCAAGUUGCUAGUUCUCAGGCUUCUGGAGAACAGCUUGAAAACAUCUCCAGUGGGGAUGGGGAGGACGUUGUUUGGUUCAGUUUGCAUUUAUAGGUUUGUGCUUUCUGAGACAAUAUGCCAACCAAAACACAGCCAAAUUUGCACUUUCCAAAUUUUGCAGUGUGGUUCUCUGGCCAAGUAAUGUGCAAAAAAUGCACAUACUAGGGUAAAAUGUGUCUAGAAAUUCACAUUUUAGUGAAAAUAAUUUAGAAAAAUGUGUUAUAUUAGUGGAAACCAGGCUCAUAAGUUGAUGUGGAGAACUUGAAGCAAAUACGAUUUAAAAAAGUGGAGAAAGUGAGAGAAAACAGAAAUUAACAAAUUCUCCCAUCUUUAGUCUCUAGGCCUGCCUUUUCACCUGUGCUGCCCUUCCUUUUUGCCAGGAAAUUUCCAAGAAAGCAGACUGUGGAAAUAAACAAAGCAAAACUGUUUGCAGGCAUUACUCCUACACAGAUGCAAUCUCCUUGCAGGGAAGGAGAAACAGAUUUUACAAAGAGGCGAAAGCCCAUGCAACACCUUUGUAUAUAUGAUGCACAGCCACAAGAGGCUUUUAUCGCUGCUAUGAACACAUGGAUCAGGGCUGCUGCUGGAGGCCACAUAAAAUUAUUGGGUGACACUUUGUACCUGAUGGUGUAGGGAGUUUCCCCUGCAAGGGGAUUCUAUCGGGGCAAGUUGUGGGAGGGGAGGAAGAAUGCAUGAAACAGCCUUUCAUUGGCGUCAGGAAUGCAGGUGUGUUUUUCUCCAGAGUGGCUGCAAAGUGCAUGAAACCCUUUAAACAAUGGGUUGGGGGCUACCGUAGGAGCAAAGUGUAUUUUGGGGAAAGGGGGCACGCUUUGUCCCCAACGUUAGGUUUCUGAAAGAUUAGAUUAGACGUUAGAUUUCUGGCAUAUUUCAUAUUAAUGCUCACUUCUGAGAAACAUUUUUCUAUAGGUUGUUUCUGCUCAGAGCAGACCCAUUUAAAUGAAUGGAUGUAGCUAACUUAAGGCCAUCCAUUUCAGUAGGGUCUACUCAGAGCAAAACCUACUUGGAUCGUCUCCUCUGAAGUCCUGUUGAUUUUGAUGGAGUUAAUGAUGCAAGUUAAGCAAGUUUAGGACUGCCACCUCGUUUUAAUUCCACGUACAGUAUUUUAUUAUUCAGUCAUAAUACAUAUGUGAAAAGGGCUUUAAACCAAGCAACCACAGGGAGACAGCAGUUGUGGGGCAGCGUGCUUCCCCCCACCCCCCGCUUUGGCACCUGUGCAUAGAUGUCAGCUACGUCGGUUUUGCAGAGUUUGGGCUGAAUGUGCUCCACUCACAUGUACGUUCCAUAAAGUACAUAGAUUCAUAUAAUUGUAGAGUUGGGAGGGACCCUGAGGGUCAUCUGAACCAACUCCAUGCAAUGCAGGAAUCCUGCCCACAGCCGUUGCUGGGUGGGCUCCAAUCACCAACCUUCAGGGUACAGCCAGCCGCCCCAUGGAUGGCCCAUUGCACCACAUGGAUGCACAGACAAGCUGGCCAAUGCUUGCUUGGAGCUCCAUGACUCCUACCUGAACAAAAUCUGUGCUUCUUGCUUCUUGCCUAAGUUGCACAGACCUGAUGACUUUGCAAGCAAGACCUUAGUCUGGCUGGAGCAAAAAAAAAAAAAUUUCAUUUAUUCCUUAGGCUUAUACCCUUAUAUUUCCCCCAAGGAGCUGCAAGCAACGUAUGUGGCUCUUUCCACUCCCUGCCCGCUCCUAGCAACUAUAUCCUCACAACAAGCCUGCAGUGCUGGUUAGGCCGAGAGAUAGCAAGAGCACCCAGUGAGCCUUGCAGUUGAAGGAAGGAUUUCAGCUACGCCAGCCCAAGCCUGACACUUUAAUUGUGACACCACACUGGCUCCCAAAAGGGACUAUGAUUAAUUGGUGGCAAGGAUCUGGGAAUUCCGCAGUGCCCGUGUUAACAUUCCAGGGCGAGACGGCAAGCAAGGUGUGCAGGUGGGCCCAGUGCCAACUCUCCUGUGUGACCCACAGGAGAGGCGGGAGCAGCAGCCGACCAACCCCCAAGCCUCCCCCUUCCUGGCUUUGGGCUUUUUCUUACUCAUUUAUUUACUAUUAUUUCUCCCGCCCGCUUGCCUGGCACUGUAAGAAGCAAAGCGAGCAGGGAGGAGGAAGGCAGGAACGAGAAAAAAGGAUUUAGUAACAAUCCUGAACAUUGCAAAACUUUUUUUAUAUAUAUCCUUUUGAAUAAUGUGUCACAGAAACUGAUGGAUGAUAAAGGGGGAGAAAGGGCCCUGCGAAGAAUCCGGCUAAGCCAGUUUCUCUUAUUUAUUAAAGAAGGGGGGGGGGAAGCUGAGAUAAUUAACUUUUUUUUUUGUUUUGUUUGCGGGCGACUCCCCAGACUGGCAACUCCAGGGCGCCUGGCAAAUGGAGCUUGGUAUCAGCUCUGCCAGAGUGGCACAAAGCAAGCUGGAUCUGCCUAGUGACUGGCUCGAAACUGACAGAGUUUGUUGGUUUCAAGAGGCCAGGAAGGAUUCCCAGAUUGCAGGCAAGGAUCGGGAAUCCCUGACAUCAGAAGGAGCCCCUUGAGUUCCAGCUUUGUCUUAGUGAAGCCAUCCCAGUUGAGAACGUAAAACUGUUUGAGCCUUGCUGGGUGUCACCAGGACUAGGGAAAAGCAAGCAGCAUUAACUGCUCCAGCUGGGGACAUUGGGGAUUCCACCCUUCCUUGUGUACACAUCCCAUAUAUGCCUAGGAGUAGAUAUUUCCGUAGUGGAGCUAAAGUGUUUCCCUAUCCUUUGCUUUUCCUUGAGAAAGGGGAUACAGUGGUUCAUUGCUUUUAUACCAGCCUUUCCCAACUUGGUGCCCUCCAGAUGUUGUUGAACUCUGUCUCCCAUCAGCCACAGCCAGUAUGGCCAGGGAUGAUAAUAUCUGUAAAGGACCACGGGGAGGCUGCUCUAGAUCAGGGGUAGGGAACUGGUGCCCCAACCCCACAAACUUCAAUUUCCAACAUCCUUGACUGUUGGGCAUGCUGGCUAGAGCAGAUGUGUGCUGGAGUUCAAAAACAUCUGGAAGCCUUCAGGUUCCCCACCGUUUUUCUGGAACAGGGCUAACCAAUGUGAUGCUCUGCAGAUGUUGUUAGAGUCCAACACCCAUUAAUCAUGGCCAAAGGUCAGGGGUGAUGGGAGUUGGAGUCCAAUAACACCUGGAGGGCACCAUGUUGGAGCAGGGAGGGGGAUCUGACUCUAGACCAGGGUUUCCCAAACUUGGGUCUGCAGAUGGUUUUGGACUACAAUUCCCAUCUUCCCUGACCGCUGGUCCUGCUAGCUGCGGAUGAUGGGAGUUGGAGUCCCAAAACAGCUGGAGACCCAAGUUUGGGAAACCCUGCUCUAGAUAAAUGGAUUUGCAGGUCUUAAAUUACAAGAGGGCAGGUUUUGGUUGACAUCAGGGGAAGCCUAAUGGAACCAGUUUCCUAGAGUGGUGGUGGGGUGGGUGAGCCCUUCAUGGGGGUCUUAAAGCGGGAGGUUUGGGGCUGCUCUUGUUCUCUGGGUUCCUAGAGGGAGCUGGACGAGGUGACUUGCAAAGCCCUCUCCAACACUAUGGUUUCAUUAUUCUUGAUCUACAGUGUGGAAAGUCACACUGGGGAGUGUGGCGGGGGGAGAAAUGAAAUACAGUAUUUCUGUUCUUCCCUUUAGUUGUGGGAUCAGGCACACAAGUCUGAGUGAUGGCAAGGUCCAGCCUGAGAUAACUGAUGAAGCAGGAAAGUGCUCCAAGCAGUGGAGGAGGAAGAGGGUGGUAGUGGUAGAGCAGUGAAACUUCAGGCUGGGGGGGGGGGGGACAACUGUGGCCCUCUAGACCUCUCUGUCUGGCCCUUGGAAAUCUCCCCACACCAGAAACCCCUCAGUGGCUUUGCUUUACCUUGUGUGUUUUUUGAUACGCCCUUGAAUCCUGACCAUGUCUUUUGCUUGUCUGAAUGGUGUGUGGAGGGGGUGUGUGGCGAGAGUGUGCGUAGAAGCCAGCCUACUGCACAAAGGUUUUUAAAUAUAUAUAACACUUGUUGACCUGCCCACUUUUGCCUCUGGGCCUCCCCAAAAGGUUGCCCAGGAAGGACCCCGGCACUGUGGCAAAGGCCAGCAAACAGAUGAGGGAAAUCAACACAACUCAAGAACGGGUUUGCCUGGACUGAGGGAGCACAGCAAAUCUUGAGGCUUUAUAAGCUGACAGUGGAACUGGAUUGGCUCUUUAGUGUUCUGUGAUUCCCAAGAGAAAGAGGAUAUUAGUCUGUGACGUGUUUAUACUCAAAAGGACCUGAAUUUCCCACCCUCCUCUGACCAGUGGCCCCCUGACUCAGCUGCACAGCAGGUAAACAAAAAACCAAAACCCUGAUGUCUAACCUGCAAGGUCUUAAUGGAUUGAUUUUGUUCAAGCAUCAUCCCUUGCUCUUAGCCUUCGGCAGAAAACAAAGCUCUUUCAUUUAACAUAUGCUGUGGACCAAAAAGACUUUUUCUUGUAAUUUCUCCUUUCUUUUUAUUUUUUGAAACUCAAGGAUGUGUCAUUUUUUUUGUUUCAAUUUAGCAUUGGAGAAUUUUAUAAUUUAGUAAUUAAAAUCUCUGAUAGGCUUUAGAAAUUGCAGCUAAUUGAAUUUAAUGGGAAGAUGAUUUUCAAUUUUAUUUGAUUACCCAGACCCCUGGCAUUGGUAUUUAUGGGGAAAAAAUGGGAAAUGUGCAGUGUGGGCUAAGAUGGCGUAAUUGAAUUAGGGCUAAUCGGAUUUCUUCGUCAUGAAUUUCACUAUAAUUUUCCUAUAAUUUUCCAUUAGAUAUCUAGUUUACAAAUAUUCACAAAGAAAUGAAGCUCUUUCGGAAUGGAGAUUGCUGGCUAACAGGAUUACCAAGGCGAUUGCAUGGUGAUGCCAAGCCAGCCUCCUUCAAUAAUGCAAUCGCUACGUCUGCCUCACACUCUCCUCCCCCCAAUCUUCCACUUCUGCCUCCCCCCCCCAAACACCCCAAUAUCCUUGGUACCACCCUGGCACCACCCUACUUCCUUCAUUUCCAUUUAUUUUGCUAGUUAUCCACAUGUGCUUUUAGUCCGAGAACAGAAGUGAUGGGGGGGGGGCUUUUUCCAUCAGAGGGCCACAUUCCUUCCUGGGCAAGCUUCCAAGGGCCAUAUGCCAGUAAUGGAUGGGACCAGAGUCAGAAAUGGUCAGAACUGGUUGUUGGAAACAGCAGGAGGACAUGUAGCACAGUUUGCUCUAAAGUGCACAUCUCAGUGGCGUAACAAUGGGGGGCACAGCGGUGAUUGCCCUGGUUGCAUAAUUCUGAAGGGCGCAACCAGGCGCCCCCAUGGCAGUCUCCCUCAUUGAUGCCGUGUGGCUGAGCUCCUGAUACUUUCCAGAGCUGCAGAGAGGCAAGCCAGGCCCAGGCUGGAUCUUUGGGGUUGGAGCAGUGCCUCCUCCUCCUCGUGGCCAUGCAGGCCCUGACCUGGGCUGGCCAAGAGGCGAGGUUGGUCUGGCUAUUCUUGAACACUGCACAAAGUGCUGGGCCUGUGGGGAUGGAAGGAGAGCAGGAGGGCGGGAGCUCCAUGGACAUGCCAGAAACUGCUAUCGGAGCACAAGCAGCUAGCCCAGCCGCUCGCUUGCUGUCCACCUGCUUGCCUCCACACCAAGUCCAGCCGCUCUCCUCUCUUCCCCUCUGUUCUCCCAGCACAGGUGCCUUGCCACUGCCACCCAUGCCGUGCCCCCCCCCCCCCGAGGAAGGAGGAAGAAGAAGGUGGGAAAGCACAUUGUGGACUUGCUUCUCUCUCCGUGCUAGCUCCACACUCGCCCCCACUGUGUGCCUCCACCCAAGCUGCCCAUUCCACCAGAGGGGGCACAGCACUUGCCCCACCCUGGGCAGCGGUAACCCACGCUAUGCCACUGGCGCACCUUAGAAAAAAGUUUGUUCGUUUUUCAGCUUACAACAAAAAACCAACCUUGAUCCCUUUUCUUGCGUAACCUGCUUUAACUUGUGCACAUGUUAACAGUUUUCAGGCAGCAGUUUCUAUCCUGGCGUGGCUAGACCUGAGGCAGAAUCUUUCCAGAAGCUCAAAAAUAGUUUAAUUCCACAUGCUCCUUUGCCUGGAGACAUGCAUUGCUUGCUUUUCGUUGCAAGAGUAACUGGGCAGUAAAGAAUAUCUCCUUUGGUAAUCCAGCCUCACCAAUGUUGGGGGUUUUGUGUGUGUGUGUGUGUUCCUUCCUUUUUCACCCAUUUAGCAAAUAGUUAACAUCCCACCCUACCCUAAGCCAGGCCUUUUCAUGUUGGGAAGCGGCUCUCUCAAGCAUCUCAGAUUUAUUGAGGCUGCCCCUAAAGUACAGUAUCAUAGCUCCUAGGUGGAAGGACUGGGAAGAAAGCCUGCGCAAGGAGGGAGGAAGUGGAUGCUCCCUGAAAAGUUGCAAAAUGUAGCAGUAGAUGAGUGAGCCUAAAGGUUGCCAACUUCUGACGAAGUCCUAAGGGGCAGCUGUGUCUUAGGCCUCAAAUCCUGGAGAGAUACCAGGGUGCUGUGCGUGGUUCCUCAAAACUGGGAAGAGAAGAUAAACCAGACAGCACAACAGAAGGGAGGUAGACAGUGGAGAAAACUCUCAUGUGCUUUAGGUUGCAUCCAUACUAUGCAUUUAAAGCACAUGGCUUCCCCUAAAGAAUCCUGGUGCUGUGAAUUGCAGCUUUGUGAGGGGUGAACUGCAGUUCCCAGGAUUCUUUGGGGGAAGCCAUGUGCUUUAAAUGCAAGUCAGAUGGGUGGCAUAUAAAUAAAUUAUUAUUAUUAUUAUUAUUAUUAUUAUUAUUAUUAUUAUUAUUAAGGUGUGAUCUUAGAGCCAGGUCUAGCAGCCUGGCAGACAUAGAAUCAUAGAUAAUCGAAUCAUAGACUUAAGCAAAGGGCAAAGCUGAACCAGAAGCUAAAAUAGUCCUACUAGGUUGAGAAAAAACAACUGGCCACUGCAGUGUGUGAAACAUAACUGAAACCUGGGUCUUCAUCCACUGUCUUUCCGCUUCCUCAACAUGUAGCAGGUCACAAACUAGAAGGGUUCUAGUGCUCCUGACAAGCUGACAGGGGAAGUGUAUUCUUUGGGCCAAAAGCAAUUAUGCGAACGCACUCCAGAAGCUGUUCCUGCCCAUGUUUUGCAGAAGGCUACAAGGAGACCUUCCUAGAUCUGUAGCCCAGUAGUACAGCACUGCUUUGCUUGCAGAAUGUCGCAGGUUCAAUCCCAGCAUCUCGAGGUAGAGCUGGGAGAGAUCCCCCUCUGAAGCCCUGGAGAACCACUGCCAGUCAGUGUAGACAAUACUGAGCUAGGUUGACCAAUGGCCCAACUCUCAUUAUAAGUGUCCUGACGCUCCCUGCCAGACGAGGAACCCAAACUUCCAGCUUUGGUUCUGCCAAAGGAUUUGCUGCUCAAAUCAGAUGUGUACAUAAGACAAGCUACCAUUUACAGGGUUCAGCAGGUAUCUCAGAGGUAAGGCCCAUGACUGAGCACAAGCUGAGAUGUUGAUCUAACAAGCAACAUACUUACUGUGCCUUCCUUUUGAAGAGCAGGACAGACACUGCUGGCUGCAUGGCAAACGGCUGGAGUCCCGGGGCUGGGCAAGCCAACAGGCAGUCCUUGGGGUAGGUUGGCUCUGUGUGGUUUGCUUACACCUGCGCUGGCAUCUCAGCAUCUGUGGAGACAGAGGUGGCGACAGAACAGGCUUGGGGGCUGAGUUGCACUCAGUCGCCUCCGCAGAGUGGGAGGGCUGUAGUUGUAAGGGUGGGGUGUGCUUUUGGUCCUUCCCUGGGGUCUGAAUCUCCCCCCUCCCAGGUCUCUGAGCCCUCCAGGUCCAACUCCCCAAUUUGCUUCCACUCCUCCUCUGGACCAGACCAUCCCCUCCAUGAUACCUGCACAGGGUUCAAGACAGUAAGGCAGUACUGUGAAGACAGUAAGGCCACAUGGCUUGCCUGAUCUGGCCACUGGUGGAUCACACUCUAUUUUCAGCUAGAUAUUUGGUCCCUUUCCCUGGGGAUUCAGACAUGCUCUGGAAAAUGCUCCAUACUAUUCCUUGUCCAGAGGGAAAGGAGAAGGUUGGAUUCUGCCAGGACCACCAUUCUGCCCUUUUUUUGUGUCUGUGGGCAGCGGAAGUCUCUUGAAACACAUUGUGUAGGUGCCACACUCUUAAAAUAGGACUGACCUCUUCCUGAGGGAAACUUGUGGCUUCGUAUCCUGGUCAUGUCUUGUUGUUCCCAGUGAUUCUGGACAGUUGCUUUAAUUUUGGUCAUCUGCCCCUACAGACUCUGUUUUUUGUUUGAGUGUUGAACGAAGCUACAAUAGGAAUCACAGCCUACAAACUUCCUUUCUAGCUUCUUUUGCCCUGCUGGGGAGAUGGAGGUCCAGAGGGCGCUGGAGCCAGGUAAGGAGAGGCAGGCUGCCUCUCGGAUCACAGGGGCUGGAAACUGGGGGGAAAGAAAGGUUGUUAAACGACUGUAGCAGGUGACGAGUAGGCACAGUGAGCUAGGAUCCUGCAAUCCUGCCGGCCCACUUGCUUUAGGGGGCCCUGCCCUGUACACUGAUACUCAAAGUGCCGGGCUUUGGCAACAUCCGUCUGCCAUGUCAUGCUGGCAGUGAAGCAACUGAAACCGUAUCAAGGAGGGAAAAGAGGUGGAAUCGGCAGGAAAGAGAGCACUGAUUGCCUGCUGUGCCCGACGCCCAGGCCUGGAGGCCUCCAGGCGCCUCACUUGACGAAAUAUGAAUCAAACAAAACAAGGAAUUGACUUAAAAUAGGACAACUCGAUUUGCCUAAUAGACUUCCCGAUCUAGGGAAGGAGCCAGAAAGAGAGUGCAGUGCUCCCAGGAGCCAGAUUUGUGGAAUCAAACUUAUUUAGAGGCGUCAUCUGGGGCAAGGAGGGAAAACCCAUAGAGAGUGGGAAGGCAGCUCUGAGUAAGUGGCAAGGAAAUGUGUGACAAUACAGUAAGGAUCAUACCCUGAGACAUGACGGCUGCUUCGUAACUUAAAAAGAAGGAAAGUUCUGUGUGUUCCCUCUGUGUCUCUCUACACAUUGUGGUGGAGGGGAGGCAUGGAUUGAAAACUUGUUCUGGAGCCUUGUUCCAUCUCUGAGCUCAUGGUUGCCAUGUGCUGUGUCUUCCCUCCGGACAUUACAUUGGCCCUGGAGGCUGCAAGGUGGAGAACCCAGGGCUUUGUCCUACAAUGUGCCAAGCUUGCUGCUCAUUCCUGAACUCUGAUUCUCUUCCAGCCUUGCUUCCUGAUUGACUAGGACAAGGGGUGGCUGUCCCUCCAUAUUUUGUUAGACACCAACUCCCAUCAGCAUUCAGGGGAUAAUGGGAGUUGUAGUCUAACAACAUCUGUGGGGGUGCAGGUUAGCUGCCCCUGGUUUAGGACCAUUGUAUAAGCUUCCAGGCACCAGGAUGGCUGUCCUGAAUGCUCUGAAGGUGAUCUGCUAUUCCCAAAUCCGCUAAAGCCCUUUGAACCUGCUGCCAAGUCUUCUCAUCCUUCUUAGCACUGGACCAUCAUUCUCCCGAGUCCAAUGAGACCUGCCUGUGCAAAGCCCUCCAAAUCUUUUUCAAGACGGUACAGAUCCUUCCUCAUGAGAGGCCCUUUUGAUGGAUAAUCUGGAUGUCAAGAGGAUUUACAUCCUUGCUGUUUUUUCUUUUUAUUGGUAAGGUUGAGUUUUCAUUUAAUGACUGGUUUCUUUUGUUUGCUUUGCACCUUGCCUGGAAUCCCAGGAACUCAGCAGUAUUCUUCAAUUUAAAUAAAUAAUGGUGUACGGAAGGGUUGGGAUCUGGGGUGGACGUUUGGUACGGCUACAAGCACGGCUUGAACUCGUAGCUUUUGGGAAUGCCGCCGAUGCAACUGCCCUCGCCGCUUAUGCCGCAGCACCUCUGGAAUCAUUGUGCCUCCAUAACAAUAAUAAUUAUUAAUCAUUAAUAAUCAUCCCUCGUCUGCCCUGAUCACCUUUCAUCUGAGUUUCUGAACACUUGGCAGGCCUUGAAUAAUUAAAAGCAGUCAACACCCUAUGGGGGGGGGAAUGGUUUUGCUACCCAUUUUUCUCCUCCCCCCCCAAAGUACAUCUACUUGAAGGGGUGUAGAUGGGGAAAGGAAGCCCACUGAGACACACACUUGCGGGUACCAUAACUAUUCCUGAGGGCAAGGACGAGGCACCCCUAGCCCCCUAAAUGUUCACCUCUGACCAUUGGUGCCGGAGACAACCAGAGUGCCCGACAGGGUCCUACACCCCUGAAACAAACCACUCCCUCUGAGGCUCAACCAUGGCCAUUCUCCAAAUGGGACCAGGAGCCAGGAAGCGGACCAGGAUGAAUAUGCCAGCGUGCCAGGGGCUGUACAGGAGUGGGAAGCAGCCCAGUGGUUGGUUUGUACAGGUUGUAGCGAGUCAGGCACAGCAGACAUCGGAAGGGAGGCAGCACGGGGGAUUUGCAGUGAGCGGCGGAGACGCUUGCGUGGCUGAGAAGAGGUUGAACUUUGUCCACGUGAGGGAAUUUCUCUCCCUCCGACGUGUGUUCCACGUGCGAGCUGCACGGCGCACACUCCGCGCCAAAGGAAGCCCGGGGCAGAGCUGUGCGGCUCGCCCUGAAUUUUUAUAGGGUCUUACGCAGCCUUGUCACAAUCCAGAAACAUUAAUUAAACAUGCCGCCCUAACUCCCCUGCAUAAAUCUGGACUUUUCCUUUUACCUGGUGGCGGGAGUUGGGGGGCAGGAAGGAAGCCCAGGACACUGUUUGCGUGUACAUGCGUGUACUCACCUGCACGUCUAAUGUACUUUUCCUCUGCAGGUCUUCCUUUCUCUGUGUUGUUGUUUUUUUAAAAAAAAAGUUGCUAUUUUAUAAAAGAAGGAAAGAAUGUGAGGGGAGAGUUCCUAGGCGUGUUGGGUAAAUAGACCUAAGCCUCUCUCUUUAAAACAAAUGGACAGAUUAUUUACCUGAUUAAAUAGGUAUUUUGUGCAGGUUGGGUUUUUUUCCUGCUUCUCUUUAAACAUCCUGUACUUGGCUGGGUGGAUUCGGCAAGGGCUGGGCUUAAAACCAGGGGGCAAGUAUUUGCUUUCCAAAUAGCUUGUGUGUGAGAGGGGGGGGGGGGAGAGAGAGAGAUUUCUGCUCAGCCUGCCACAGAGGAAAGAGGCAGCUAGAUUUAUCAGCUUGUCGGUCUCUAGUUGGGGGGCCACCACUUUCAAGGCCUUUUCAUUCAGAGGUCUUUUUCUAAGAAGAGGAAGAGGCUAGGGAAAACUGGGGAAAGGGGGAGAGACAGAGUAACCCUAUUUUUAAAAGUGCACUUUCUGCUGCGAGUUAGGUUGGUUCUGGGUCAGGGUGGUGGUAGGACAGGGAAAGGGGGGCAAUAUGUAUAUCUGUGGUUAGACCAUCUCAAGGUAAAGCUGGGAGAGACUCCUUUUCUGAAAUUUUGAGAGAGCUGCUGCCGGUCUGUGUAGGCAAUACUAAGCAAGGUGGACUAGUGAUCUGACUCAGUGUAAGACACUGAGCAGUGCAUGGAAACAGAGCAGUGCACGGAAACGCCGUUUACCUUCCCGCCGGAGCGGUACCUAUUUAUCUACUUGCACUUUGACGUGCUUCCGAACUGUUAGGUUGGCAGGAGCAGGGACCAAGCAACGGGAGCUCACCCCAUCAUGGGGAUUCGAACCACCGACCUUAUGAUCGGCAAGCCCUAGGCUCUGUGGUUUAACCCACAGCUGAUUAUGCCAAUUUGCCAGGUGUUUCCACAAUGUUUUCGUUACUCCUGUUCGUAAGGAAAGCAGGGACGAGGCAGGGACUGUUCAGACAUUGCUGGCUUCCAGGUCCCAUCAGCCCUAUCCCAUCAGCCCUAGGUAUCAUGGCCAACAGAUAUGGAUGCUGGGAGUUGUAGAUCUACCAGCCUUUGGAGAUCACAGGGUCACCAUCCGUGGAAAAAGGCUCUGAGGAUCUGAGAACACCACCCAGAAAGGAAGCUCUUUUCUGUGUCUCUGCAUCAGUGCCUACUCUGUUGGUUUUUUAAGGUUGGUUAAAACAGGGGCUGGGGAUCCUGUGGCCUUCCAGAUGUUGCUGGACUCCAGCUCCCAUCAGCCCCAGCCAGCAUGGCCGGUGCUCAGAGAUGAUGGAAGUUGUAGUCCAACAACAUCGGGGCAGCACAGGUGAGAUUAAAACCCUGCUCCUAAACCCCACAUACACCAUCGUAUUUGGUGUAUGUGGUGUAUGUUGUUGUUGUUGUUGUUUAGUCGUUUAGUCGUGUCCGACUCUUCGUGACCCCAUGGACCAUAGCACGCCAGGCACUCCUGUCUUGCACUGCCUCCCGCAGUUUGGUCAAACUCAUGUUCGUAGCUUCGAGAACACUGUCCAACCAUCUCGUUCUCUGUCGUCUCCUUCUCCUAGUGCCCUCAAUCUUUCCCAACAUCAGGGUCUUUUCCAAGGAUUCUUCUCUUCUCAUGAGGUGGCCAAAGUAUUGGAGCCUCAGCUUCACGAUCUGUCCUUCCAGGGAGCACUCAGGGCUGAUUUCCUUAAGAAUGGAUAGGUUUGAUCUUCUUGCAGUCCAUGGGACUCUCAAGAGUGUAUAGAAACAUUUAAUAAAGAAAGUGGAGAUUCUCAGAAGGCUGAGUUCCACGCCCGCUGACAAAUUAUCUGCUUGUGGGGCACAGUUUUGGCAUACACAGAGCCCUGAUUAUGAACGAUUUUUCACAUAUGUGACUGCUGCUUACAUGAUGAGUGUUAAUAAAGCACAAGUAUGGCCUACAACAAAAUGUUGCAAUAUGUGGGGUUCAGAAGUGCCUGCCAGGCAGCCCUGCCCUUUUCUUGAAUACUCCGUCUCACUCCCAUCACCACCAUCAAUCAGCGUUUUGUAGCAGCUGAGCACACUCAGCCCACAUCGGACUCUUUUGGGGUUUCUUACACCAUAGCUGCCAAGUUUUCCCUUUUCUCGCGAGAAAGCCUAUUCAGCAUAAGGGAAUUUCCCUUUAAAAAAGGGAGAACUUGGCAGCUAUGUUCUUACACUGCUUGGUGGGCUUUUCGCCAUAUGGAUUUCGUGUUGUUCUUCAGACCUUGGGCCAAGCUCCCUUGGGUGAUGCUGUUUCGAAUCAUAGAAUAGUAGAGUUGGAUAUGAUCCUGGGGGUCAUCUAGUCCAACCCCCUGCAUUGCAGGAACCUUAACUAAAGCACCCAUGGCAAAUGGUCAUUCAGUCUCUCUCUAAGUUAUCCUAAAAGUACGCACUACCGCUGAUGCACCCAGAACACAAGCCCCGCGCAAACAGGGAGUUGCCUGUGUGUGUAUUGUUAACUGAGAAGGGUGCCUUUGAAACAUGAUUACAAACAAUGAUUUGCCAUUGCAAUCAGUGUUUUAGUUUGCUGUCUUGUUUCUCUUCCGCCCCAAUUAAAGUACCGCAUUUUUCCGUCUAUAAUACGCCCCCAUGUAUAAGAUGCCCCCUAUUUUGGGGGACUCCAAUUUAAGAAAAAAAUCGUGUAUUUUACUAUCCGUGUAUAAGAUGCCCCCAAAUUUUUGACAUUAUUUUUUAGGGGGAAAACCUAGUCUUAUACACAGAAAAAUACGGUAAGUGGAUGCUAGUCCGCUAGGGCGGGGGUCGCCAGCCCUUCUAAAAGGGAAGCUAAGAAGCACAAUGUACAAGUACUCUUCAUAGUAAUUUCUCUUCAAUAGCUCCUUCCAUCUCUCAGUGAUUUUAGCCAAUGAAUGAAGUCGCAAUUGUGAUUGAUAAGGGAGUUGUUUAAACACCAGACACUCUUUGGCUCGCUCUCUGAAUUCAUCAGGUGUUAUUGGCUGCUCAGGCCUGUUUUUAUCCUGACGCCUGCGGUCUCCUCAUGGCUAACUGGUUUGGCUUGCCUGGGAAACCUGUGGGAGUGUGGCCGUCCUGAAUCGUGUCGGGCCCAUCUGCAGUCUACAUUUAAAGCAGCACUAUAGCACUUCAACACCAGUCACAGCUUCCCCCAACGUAUCCUGGGAACUGUAGUUUGUGAAGGGUGCUGAGAGUUCUUAGGAGACCCCUGUUCCCCCUCACAGAGCUGCAGUUCCCAGAGUGGUUUAGCAGUUUAACAGGCAAUCUUUCUUCCCAAGAUGCUCUCGGAACUAUAGCUCUGUGAGGAGAAUAGGAAUCUCCUAGCAAUUUUCAGCGCCUUCCCAAACUACAGUUCCCAGAGUUCUUUGGCAGAGGGAAGCCAUGAGUGUUAAAAGUUGUGUGGUACUGCUUUAUGUGUAUAGUAAUGAUGGUGAUGAUUUAUUAUUUGUACCCCACCCAUCUGAUUGGGUUGCCCCUGCCACUCUACAAAUGGAGCCUAAAUCAGGUCCGUUAAAUUCAAUGAGUCUAUUUGGAGUGCCUGGCUUUUAUUUUAUUUUAUUUUCUCACUCCAGAGCAGUAAGGGUGUUGUUCCAAAGCCUGCAUUCACUCAAACAUGCACCAAGUCCAGUUCAAGAGGCACAAGAUGUACUCUGUGCCCAACCCUUCAUCCUAUUGAUUUAAAUCCAUGGGAGAUUAGUAAGACGUGGGUAUUUAAGGAGGGAGGACACACGGUAGAGGUUUGUUCGCUGAUUUUAAGGGUACAGGUUAUCAGGCAAAACCGAUUGGCUGUGCACCCAGUAUGGGCUGAAGGAAGGACAUUCUUCAGGCAAUAUGUAAUUGACCUGUGGAAUUCACGGCCACAGGAUGUUGUUGUGGUGCUCAGGAGCAGAAGUAGUUAUCAAAAGAGCUUAGAUGAAUGUGUGGGAAAGGGGAGGGGAAGUGUUUAUUAGCCACGAGAGCUAAGAACAGAGCAGGUGCACCUUUUGAUUAUCGGACACAGAUCAAACGGUAGAUAUUUUGUGGGCUAUCCUGGGUACAGCAUACUGGAUUAGACAGGCCCCUGGCCUCAUCCAGUGGAGCUAUUCUCAUGUCCUUCUGACAGUUUCUGAACAAAACAGUUCUGGAACAUGGCCAUGUUUACCCAGCAUUUUCCUAAGAGAGUCAUGCCAACCAGGACUUGACUCCCCUUUGUUGGCAACGGAGUAGCUUGAGACACCUUUAGGAGGUUUGCCUGUGCAGGAGCCCCAGCUGCCAUUUGCGUAUUGGGUGGUGGAGGAGGAAUAAGGACACAUUUUUGCAUAACUGCAAGAAAAGCAGAAACUCUUCCUCCUCCCUCCUACAAAGAACAGAGGUGGAAAACACCCCCUUUUUACUGCAAAACACCUCACAAGCUUGAGAGUACUUUCUAAAACAGAAUAAAAAUUUAAAAAAAUAAUCUGCUGUUGAGUGAUCCUUUAAUAAAUGCAAUGUUCAAGAUCCAUUAUUUCGUGUUUACUCACUGUGCCUGUGCGCCAGAGCUUAAUUCUCCCCUUGUUUACACGGACUUGCAUCUGGAGCUAACCUCUUUGGGUGGGGCCUCUUUUUUCUGCUUAGGCCAGAGCAGGGUGUGUGUUGGGUUAGGACACUGGAAGCCAGAGUUCAAAUCCACACUCAGCUGCAACGCUCACUGGAUAUACCUUUGGGCCAUCUGCUAGGUGGUAUCCAGCCAAAUCCUAUGCAGAGUAGACCCAUUGAAGUUAAUGAACUAAAGUUAGCUAUGCCCAUUGUUUAGUGCAGGGGUCAGCAACCUUUUUCAGCCGUGGGCCGGUCCACAGUCCCUCAGACCAUGUGGUGGGCCGGACUAUAUUUUGGGGGGGGGAUGAACAAAUUCCUAUGCCCCACAAAUAACCCAGAGAUGCAUUUUAAAUUAAAGCACACAUUCUACUCAUGUAAAAACACGCUGAUUCCUGGACCGUCUUUGGGCCAGAUUGAGAAGGCGAUUGGGCCGCAUCCAGCCCUCAGGCCUUAGGUUGCCUACCCCUGGUUUAGUGGGUCUACUCUAGGACUAGCACUGAAUAUAGCCCCCUGUCUCUCAGCCUAACCUACCUCGCAGGGUGGUUGUGAGAAUAAAUCAGGGAGAGGGGGAGAGUAGCAGGUAUGCCUCCUUGAGCUCCUUGGAGGAAAUAAAAGUAAGAUUAGAAUAGAAUAGAAUAGAAUAGAAUAGAAUAGAAUACUCCAAGGCCUCAGCAGUGUGGUGAAAACAAUAUCUAGUAACACUGAGGUGGUAGAUGGUGCUAACUGGCCCCCAGUCCAUAUUUGGAAAUAUUUCAUCAUGGUGCUUUUGGGGGGGCGUUUAUUUGUGGAGAGGACUUUCAGCAGCCAUUAAGCUAAAUGGAGACUCCAUGCUCAGCAGCAGUGUACCUGCUGAAUAGCAAUUCCUGGAGAGCAAGAGCAGGGAAAGGCUGUUUCAUUCAAGGUCUGUUUAGCAGCUCUCUGAAGGCUAAGGCUGGCCAGUGAAGGGAACAAACUGUUGGGCUAGAGAGUCUCCUAGUCUGAUCAAGCAGUGCUUUUCUUAGGUUCUUAAGAUUCAGAAAUAAGUCUUCUGUUGUGACGGGGAACAGUUAUCUGUAACUAGAAGGUGCAGAUCCUGACGAUAUUGAAUUAGGUGAUAUGGGUAGGGAUGGGAGGGGUUUUUUUGUUGGGGGGAGGGUUUGAAAACAAGACUCUGAAGGGUGUAAUCCAAAAGGUAUUUUCCCACAAACUAUCUACCUAAGUGAGCCCUGAAUGUGUUUUAAAGUGCCGCUUGGCUCAGGCCACCAGCCAGAGAAACUUUAUAAACACUUUUUCUCUCUCUUUUUUUUGAAGUCACAAAUUGGUGUUGGAUGGUGAGCAAGCUGGUGAAACUCUGGUGGGCUUAUGUGCAAGGCUGGAGGAAUGGAUGGAAUCUGGCCAUGUAGCAGGGCUUGUUUUUACUAGAAGGGGGAGAGCACCCAGCCUCGGGGGGGGGGGGGGGGAGGAUGGCAGGACAUGUUUCUUAAGUGAAAAGUUUGCUUCAUUGCCGCCAUCAUUGUAUUUUAUAAAUGUAUAUCCCGCUUUUUGCCACCCGGGUCUCAAAGUGGCUUAAAACUAUAUGCAAUAUGCAAAGUUCUGAACAUGAAUUCAAAACCUCAGAAAUCCACAGGAACACGUUCCUUCAGAAAGGCGCAGCCACAACCAAGCAGCUAGAGAGUCCAGUAUGCAGCAGGCGCAGGACGGGGGGAGCAAAUGGAUCAUGAUAUAAGUGGGAACAAGUUCUAAAUUCAAGAUGCUUGGGAUAACUUGAGCAGCCUGCCUGCUUCCUGCCACCACCACCCUCUUUUUUUAAAAAAAAAAAAGUCCAGUUUUAAUAUACUCAUUCCCACCACCUCCUUGCCCCUUUCUUUUCUAUUUUCCUGGACAAGAGUAAAGCGCCCAGAGCAAUAUAGGCAGCCCCUGGGAAGCAACCCUAAUAGGCUUGGGAAGUGUGUGUGCGCACGCUGAGAGUGUUGAGAAUGCUCCUUUCCCUUUCGUUACCCCCCCCUCCCUUCUUGAAGCACAGCUGGCUGGCUGGCUGGCUGUCUCUGAGCUAGCUGGGUUCCCUCUCUCUCCCAGAGAGCAUCCUCCUUCCUCAAAGGCAACCAGGCAGGGGACUGAGCUGUCUCCCUCCCCUGCUCUCUUUCACCUGCCCUCCAGCCAGUAGGAGGGGAGGUCGGGUGAGCGGAGGGGGUGGGGCGUGGCCACGGGGCCAGGGCUCUCCUGCCAAUCACCAUCACUUCUGACACCAGACCGCUCCCCCUUCCUACUCUCCGCCACUGAACUGAGCUGGUGCCCAAGUGGAUUCCCAGGGAGGACCGUCAGCAGCAAUGACAUCAGUAUUUUGAACCAACUUGUUAUUCGGGGAGCAAUCAGUUGCAAUUAGGUAUUAAUUAAGUAUUAUGAAAGUUGAUUAUUUAAGUGAAUUCGGCUUUCGUCUCUCCGACUAUGCUGAAAGAACUAUAUGCACUGACAGAACCUCAGGUAACCCCAAGAUGGCUGCCAAGCGCAAAGGUGGCUUGAAGCUGAAUGCGAUCUGUGCUAAGCUCAGCCGCCAGGUCGUUGUUGACCACAAGGGACCCGAGCGGGCGCAUGCCGACAAGCCUCCCCUGGGCCGGGAGAGCGCUGGUGGGGGCACCCUCACCACCGCAAAGGACAUCGCCCGGCCUGGGGCCAAGGAGCUGGGCCCAGAGUUCCCCGAGGGGGUCGACCGCGUGCAGAAGAUUGAGGAGGACAAGCGAAGGGAGGUGAUUGAAAAGUGGGUCAACGGGGAGUACAGCGAAGACUCCUUGCUGGGGCGCAUCGAGAGCAAGGAACCGAGGGGCUCCGAGGGUGCUGAGGUGCCCCCCGAAGGCGUGUAUAUGGUGCAACCCAAGGGGUGCAGUGAUGAAGAGGACAAUGUGGACGAGGCUGAGCCGCUGAGGGGACCCCAAGAUGGGAGCAGCUUCCUGGAUGAACGGGAUUCGGAUGGGCCUCCCUCGAAGGAUGAAAGCUUCCGGGGUCCCAGCAGCGAGGUGGUCUCCAAGCUAGGUGGAGGAGCUGCCUCAGGGGAGGCCUCGUCUCUGCGGGACUACGCCGCCACCACCAUGAACGAGUUCCUGGGCAUGUUUGGCUAUGAUGACCAGAACAUGCGGGACGAGCUGGCUCGCAAGAUCAGCUUUGAGAAGCUAAACGCCGCUACCUCAGAGGCCACCGCCGCUGCUGUCGUGGCCACCUCCCUAUCUGGCGAGGACGCCAUGAGCAAGCGAGCCCGCCUCUCCAAGUACGAAGAGUACAUCCGCAAGCUGAAGGCCGGCGAGCAAGUCCCGUGGCCGAUUCACCCAGCUAAGACCGAGGAGAUGACCACCAAGCUUGGCAAGGAGGCCCCGACCACCCUGGGGCAAGUGAUCCGGCUGCCCACUCCCGACACCUCCCUCCUGCCGGAGACGAAAGCCACCAUUUUGCCUCUGCCUUCCCCCAGCAGUUCCCAGAUCCAAGGGCUGAUGUCUCGGGCCUCCAAGUACGACUUCUUCAUCCAGAAGCUGAAGACGGGCGAGAGCCUCCGGCCGCAGAACGGCAACACCUACAAGAAGGCCUCCAAGUACGACCUGGAGAACGUCAAGUACCUGCACCUCUUCAAGCCGGGGGAAGGGAGCCCGGACAUGGGAGGGGCCAUCGCCUUCAAGACCGGCAAAGUGGGGCGCCCCUCUAAGUACGAUGUCAGGAACAUCCAGAAGCUGACCCCGGUCAAAGCGCCAGCACCCAGCUUGGGCCCCGCCCCUCUCGCCAGCACCCCCAGCACCGCUCCAGUGGCCGGACCCGAGCAGCCAGUAUCUUUGCCCUUCAACACUCCAGAGUACCUGAAAUCCACGUUUUCCAAGACGGACUCCAUCACAACUGGAACGGUUUCCACUGUUAAGAACGGAUUAACCACUGACAAACCAGCUGUCACCGAAGAUGUAAAUAUUUACCAGAAAUAUAUUGCCAGGUUUUCCGGAAGCCAGCACUGCGGACACAUUCACUGUGCAUACCAAUACCGAGAACAUUAUCACUGCCUUGACCCAGAGUGUAACUAUCAGAGAUUCACAAGCAAGCAAGAUGUGAUCCGGCAUUACAACAUGCACAAGAAGCGGGACAAUUCCCUCCAGCACGGCUUCAUGCGCUUCAGCCCGCUCGACGACUGCAGCGUUUACUAUCAUGGCUGCCACCUGAAUGGGAAAAGCACACACUACCACUGCAUGCAGGUGGGCUGUAACAAAGUCUAUACCAGCACUUCCGACGUAAUGACCCAUGAGAACUUCCACAAGAAGAACACCCAGCUCAUCAAUGAUGGAUUCCAGCGGUUUCGGGCCACGGAGGACUGUGGCACAGUGGACUGCCAGUUCUACGGGCAGAAGACCACUCACUUCCAUUGCAGGCGUCCUGGUUGCACUUUCACCUUCAAGAACAAGUGCGACAUUGAGAAGCACAAGAGCUACCACAUCAAGGACGACGCCUAUGCCAAGGACGGUUUCAAGAAGUUCUACAAGUACGAGGAGUGCAAGUACGAAGGCUGCGUCUACAGCAAGGCCACCAACCACUUCCACUGCAUCCGGCCCGGCUGUGGCUUCACCUUCACCUCCACCAGCCAGAUGACCUCCCACAAGCGCAAGCAUGAGCGCCGCCACAUCCGCAGCUCGGGCGUGCUGGGCCUGCCCGCCUCCCUCCUGGGGGCCAAGGACAACGAGCAGGAGGAGUCCAGCAAUGACGACCUCAUUGAUUUCUCCGCCAUGAGCUCUAAGAACUCCAGCCUGAGUGCCUCCCCCACCAGUCAGCAGUCUUCCAUCUCCCUGGUCGUCCCGGGAGCACCCUCCUCGGCGGCAGAGCUCUCGGCCUCGCAGGCCUCCAGCAAACCCAACAACAUGCCGACGGCUUCGAAGAUCCCCGGCCUACUCUCCCAAGCCCUCCCAAGCAAUAUCCCUUUGGCGCUGGCACUCUCCAACGCAGCACUUCCCGGAACGGCGGGCUCUUACUUCCCUAUCCUCCCCAGCCGGGUCGCCACCCCGCUGCCCGCCGGCUCCGCCAGCUUGAUAGCCGCCAGCGCUUCCGGCACCAACCCAGCGCCGUCUGCCAGCUCCCCUUCUUCCCAGGCCAUCUCAGGUUCCAGCGAGGCAGCGGUCACCUCUUCCCCAACUCCAGCAGCAUCCAUCAUGGAGAGGAUCUCCGCCAGCAAAGGCCUGAUUUCACCAAUGAUGGCCAGGCUGGCUGCUGCAGCACUUAAGCCCUCUGUGGCUGUGGAGGCAGGGAACGGACAACCAACCACUCCUGGACGGUUUAACCCAGCUCAGAUUAAGCAGGAGGCUACAGAGAAUCCAGGCUCUGGGUCCACCGUGACCCAGGAUUCCUUGCAGGAGCACAGCUUGGACCUGAGUGUGAAGGAUCAUGGUAAUGAAUCAAAUGGCCACACAGUCUCGGCAAAUUCAUCUCUUUUAUCCUCGCUUAUGAAUAAGAUGUCUCAGACCAACCCCAACCUCGGCAACCUUCUUGGCUUGAAGGUGGAGGCUGACGGCAGCCCUCUGGGAGCUUCAGGUGAUGCCACGCAAUACCUGGGCAAGACAGUGAAGGCUCUUGUCCAGGAGAAACUCUCUGAGCCCUGGAAGAUGUACUUGCGCAGAUUUGGUACCAAGGACUUCUGCGAUGCUCAGUGUGACUUUCUUCAUAAAGUGCAUUUCCACUGUGUGGUGGAAGAAUGUGGAGCCCUCUUCAGCACCUUGGAUGGAGCCAUCAAGCACGCUAAUUUCCACUUCCGAACAGAUGGCGGAGCUGUGAAAGGAAGCUCUGAAUUCUCUUUCCCAACCGCUGCUGAGACCAAGGCUUCCUUAGCCCCUUCGUCACCCUCAGCUUCUUCUUCUGCUGCUCUGGCCAACACCUCUGCCCCAGAUGUGCCCACCCCGAGCUCGGUGACUGUGCCCUCCACUCCCACCCUCCUGGCCUGGAAACAACUGGCUUCCACCAUCUCUCAGAUCCCCACAUCAGUGCCUAACCUGGCCACGUCCCCCUUGACGACGACUUCCCUCGAGAACGCAAAGCCUCAGGUCAAACCUGGCUUCCUCCAGUUCCAGGAGAAUGAUCCAUGCCUGGCAACAGAUUGCAAGUAUGCCAACAAAUUCCACUUCCACUGUCUGUUUGGGAACUGCAAGUACGUGUGCAAAACCUCCGGGAAGGCAGAGUCCCACUGCCUCGACCACAUCAACCCCAACAACAACCUCGUGAAUGUGCGAGACCAGUUUGCUUAUUACUCCCUGCAAUGUCUCUGUCCUAACCAGCACUGUGAGUUCCGAAUGCGAGGGCAUUACCACUGUCUUCGCCCUGGCUGCUUUUUUGUGACCAACAUCACCACCAAACUCCCCUGGCACGUGAAGAAGCACGAGAAGGCAGAGCGCAGAGCAGCCAACGGCUUCAAGUACUUCACCAAGAGGGAAGAGUGCGGCAGGCUAGGUUGCAAGUACAACCAAGUGAACAGCCAUUUCCAUUGCAUUCGUGAAGGCUGCCAGUUCUCCUUCCUCCUGAAGCAUCAGAUGACGUCCCAUGCUAGGAAGCACAUGAGGAGGAUGCUGGGGAAGAACUUCGACCGUGUUCCCACUCAGGUUAUUGGACACACUCCAAGGAACGAAAACCUCCCCCAAGUCAGCAGCAUGGCUCCCAGCCCAGCCUCAUCAGGGACUCCUGCUUCCUUCCAGGGACCCCAAAGUAUGAUGGAUACCGAGACAGAUGAGUACAUUGACUACACUGGAUGCAGCCCUGGUGGCAUCUCCUCCGAGUCCUCCAAUAUGGACCGCAGCUGCUCCAGCACGCCAGUGGGCAACGAAAGCACUUCAGCCGGGAACACCAUCACCAUGCCAACCGCUGCAGGGGCCAAGAAGCGCUUCUGGAUCAUUGAGGACAUGUCCCCAUUUGGCAAGCGGCGCAAAACGGCCUCCUCACGCAAGAUGCUGGACGAAGGAAUGAUGCUGGAGGGCUUUCGGCGCUACGACCUCUAUGAAGACUGCAAGGAUGCCAGCUGCCAGUUCUCACUGAAGGUCACCCACUACCACUGCACAAGGGAGAACUGCGGCUACAAGUUUUGCGGACGCACCCACAUGUACAAGCAUGCCCAGCACCAUGACCGCGUCGACAACCUGGUGCUGGAUGACUUCAAGCGCUUCAAGUCCUCCCUGAGCUGCAACUUCCCCGACUGCCAGUUCUCGGGAAACAGCACGCACUUCCACUGCCUGCGCUGUGGCUUCCGCUGCACCGACAGCACCAAGGUGACAGCCCACCGCAAGCACCAUGGCAAGCAGGACGUCAUCAGUGCCGCAGGCUUCUGCCAGUUCAGCUCCAGCGUGGACUGCGAGGUGCCCGACUGCAAGUACAAACUCAAGUGCUCCCACUUCCACUGCACCUACCCCGGCUGCAAGCACACGGUGGUGGGCAUGUCGCAGAUGGACUCGCACAAGCGCAAGCACGAGAAACAGGAGCGCGGAGAGCUGCCGGCCAUCUCUCCGGGCCCCGAGACCCUCCCGCCCUCCACAAUCGAGUACGAUGCGCAGAACUCUUCCGUCAACCUUGACAGCUCGCUCAACCUUGGCACUGACACAAACAGCUCCCUCUUCUUCCUGCAGAACGCGGCGGGCGUGGGCCUCAACGACUCCUUGGAUCUCAGCCAGAAAUUGCCAGAGGCUGGAGGUGCUGCCCCUUCCCCCGCUGGGGAGGGUGGGGCCCCCGUGGAGAGCGAGCGGCUUCCAGCCAGCUGCGGCAACGUAGAGGACGACUCCUCCCACGAGGAGGACGACGAUGAGGAGGAAAUGAAUGAGGAAGACGAGGAGGAGGAAGAUGACGAUGAUGACGACGACGACGAGGAGGAAGAUCUGAACACAGACUCUGAAGAGUCACUUCCUGACUCCCAGGCCAUGCCUGCUAAGGACGUUAGGGAACUGGGGGAGGCUGCUUCUCCUUCUGCAGUCCACAGCGAUGCUUCCAGACCUCCAGGCGAGCAAGCCCCCGCCCCCGAGGCCUCCCCUUAACUUAUAGACAGCAGCAGCAGGGUUUUUUGAUCUUUUAAAAAGUAAGAAACUGAAUUAAAUGAGAGGACCCCGCUAUGUGAGGCGAGAACAAACGCUGUAACGACAAGCAGCAAAGAGAAACACACACACCCAACUCUACCCCAGGAAGUGCACAAGAUAACGAGGAAGCCGCUUAAUCCUUGGACCAUGCAAAAAAAAAGGAAAGAAGCCUUGUGCCCAUGGGAAGGGCAGGGGGGAGGCGGAGGGACCCAUCUGUUGGGACGCACAUGUUUACAGGGUGGCAGACGGCAAAUCUUUUUACUAAUAUGCAGAUGGGUUGGGCCAUGGAGAAGUGACCCUCCUUCUCCUGGAUGGAUGUGCUAACCAUAAGGGCAAAUGUCUCCCCUGCCACUUCCCCCAAAAUCUCCCCUUGUUGGUUUGGAGGGGGAGUGGAGUUGUUUCUUUUCCUCUUUAACUUCUAUUUUAUUUCCCUGUUUUCAUUUUGUCCUUUAACACUCCUCCCAUUCUCAGGGAGAGGGGGCAGCUAGCAUCCGAUGGUGAAUAUUAGGGGGUGACAAUAAUAAUAUAUUAUGAGGAUUUGGUUCCUUUAAGCCACAAAAGCGAAGUUAUUCGCCAUUAGGCAUAAUUGGGGUUGGGGGAGGGUAUCAGUCAUACUUCUAUUUUUCUCUCUCCUCUCUUCUCCAACAUCAAAUGAACAGGAGAAAUGGGGGUCUCAGGCAGCUUGGGUUGGUUGGGAAAUGGGCUAUUUAUUGUCAGUUUUUAAAAAAAAUAAAGAGAAAGAGAAGCAUUAAUGAACUGAACGGGGCUGGGAAUAUGCGGAUACUUCUCUGAUCCUCUUUGUUAUUAAAGAAUAAUAAUAAUAUUAAUCUUUUUUUAAGGAAGAAAGAACUUAUUUAUAUUGUGACACUCCCACACCUGAGUGGGGAGUGUUCCUUUUCUGGUGGGGCUCUGACCGGUGGCAGCAAGUAUGGGGUACGGCACUGAAAAGAACCCUUGGUUGUGAAAGGGAGGUUUGGAUUUAACCAGACCCAACCCAAACACCGCUGCCUUGCGGAGAGGGGGUGCCAACUGCUUCUUUUCCAGACUGCAGAGCCACCCCCAACAAGUAGGGUAGAGACCCAGGAGCUCAGGAUACCCCUCCACCUUGCUGCUAAUGAAAGAAGAGGAGGUGGAAGAUGCAAGUACCUCAUAAAGAGUAAGCAGGCCCAAGUAGUACUUGGUCUUACUGGGGGGUGGCUUGUUUAGCUACAGGAAGGAAGCAGAGGUGUUACCCUUCUCUACCAUUGUCCCCACCUGCGGUAUUGAGCUUUGCACCCCAUUUAAGCAUGCUUUAUGAAGGCUGAAAGAGGGCAUGCGUCUUCUAGUGGGAACAAGUUGGGGGAGGAGAAUAUUAGCUACUACAACCCAUCCCAUCAAGCCACACGUAGGGCUCUUACCUUAAGAUUCUCUGGCAGGAAGGGUGAUGCUCUUCUGAAUCCCAAGACAGAAAUGUUUCCUGUCCCUUCGCCCUUUGUGGAGCUGUGGAAAGGAAGAGGCCACUUGAAUUGGUUGCUCCACAGCAAACUCAUUUGGCAUACAAAUAAUCUAAUGUCCCCUUGCCCACCUGUCCCACACGCCCCCUGGUCACCAGAUCAGGCAUAUCCUAAAAGGGGAAGGGCAUGUUUUUUUUAAAAAAAAACAAAGAAGGAAACAGGCACCCACAAUGGCUCUGCAGAUCUCCAUAGAUCCUUUGCUUCCAAUACGUUGGUGGUUUUAAGUCAUUAAAAGCUAAUGAAACCAGCCACACACAACAACACUUGUGUCUAACAGACAUGCCAUUUUAGUGCAAAAAAGGCUGAGAGCUUUAUUAGUCUUAGUUUUUGAAUAUCCCUCUCAAACAAUCACACCCCAAACAACUUGACAGUUCAACAGUAAGAAUGUGGUCCACAACCACUUUUUAAAGUUUCUUAAAAUAUUAACAGUUAGGGAAAGGAGGAGGAAAACUAAAAGAGUGGCAAAGAAAAGGAUAAAGGAUAUGUCCAGGGAAACAAGAUAGCUGUACAGUAUUUUUGCCCCUGUAAAGGUUACGAAUAGAUAUAGAGAUAUAUAGAAAUAUAUAGAACAGAGAGAAAGGAGCCAUACCAAGAUAAUACUCUGUGAGUAUCCAGUGAAGAAUGCUACCCUAAGGAACAGACCCUUCAACAUCCUAUUUGGUUGCUCACCAACAAUUAUCUCCUUCACACACGUGUGGACACUAAUUCAAACCACCUCCAGCUAGCCAAAAAACAUGUUAAGGGGCAAAAGCUAAAGAAACUCUCAGUAUAGAGCAUCAAGUGAUUCUGAAUUUGAAUUUCAGCCAGGCAGACAUUUUAAAAGAGACACAGGAAAAGCCCUGUCAUUUAAUGAAACACGCUUCAUGCACUCUCUCUUAUCCACAAACACACUCCAAUUUGGUUUGUAAUAAUAUGCAUAGGGUGCUUUUUUGUUUGUUCUUCAUUUUAUUUUGGGAGGUUGGGGACAAUUGUUUCCUCAAGAACCAUCUCAGCCUCCUAUGACUCUUCCCACAACUUUAAAAGAAAAAGGUUGAACCUCAUUCAUGACUGUUUCUGGAUUUUUAUAAAACAAAUUAAUGAUUAGCCAUUUCAAACAUUUUUUUUCUAAAAAAGAAACCUCACCAAGAGCCUACUUUUUCCUGGUAGUUUUGACUUGGCAAAGGUGCUCCUUGGAACAUCUAGAAUGGUAGAAAGUCUCCACACUGCUGCCGCCUCCACUUUUUUAAAUUCCAGGAUGGGGCAGGUUAUGGUCACACCAUAGGUCACAUCAACAGAUGCACAUCAAAAUUACCUGAGAGAAUUGGCACAAUGAGGUCUUACUCUUCCCUGUCCUCUCAGUCUUGAAAGGACCUGAGUUUGGUGAACAUGGCAGUGACAUAUUUAUGUUUAAGAAGCUUGGACAAACUCUCAGCACAUUCUUAUCCCCCUCCUGUUCUCACCACUUAGGUGCAUAGCUGCCAAGUUUUCCCUUUUCUCGCGAGGAAGCCUAUUCAGCAUAAGGGAAUUUCCCUUAAAAAAAGGGAGAACUUGGCAGCUAUGCUUAGGUGUCUCGCUAAAAGGUGCUACAGAAAACUCUUGCUUGUGGUCAAGGUUUUGGAAACCUGUGAUGCACUGCAGGGAGAGAGGCAAUGAAUAAGCCCUUUUUAUGUUUCUAUACAUUUUUGGGUCUUUAAUACAAGCAGGCAGUUACGACCCUCUGGUGGUUGCAGGGUAGUAAGAUGGGCUGCUCUGGGGUUCUGGUCCACUGGUGUUGGCCAUAGAAGCCAGUGAUUACUAGUGGGCAAGAAAGGAAGGGGUGGGCAGAGAAGAAUUUGAAGAACAGGUACAGUUUACAUUAGCCAGUUAUGCACCCCUUCCUGUUUGGAUAUCAUUGCAAUUGUUAUUCCCCACUGAGAAUCACCCAGUAACCAGUUUCCCCAUCGUUUCGACCACCUUCAGUUCCAACAAAAAGCCUGCCAAGUUGAACUAGUUUUAACACCUAAUGACUGGUCCCUCUAUACUUCCCCAGUUUCACAACCUUCUCCACCUCCUUCUCUGCCUAAAACAAAAAGAAUGAAAAAACAGGUCUUUAUAUUUAUAUAUAUGUUAAAUGUUUAUCAGCUGCAUCCUGAUGGACAUCCGGAAGAAGCACUUCAGUGUCCCCAGGUGUUAAGAGGAGGACUUAAAAGUUCAGAGCAAGCGUAAAUGUUUGGAUGGACCUAAGCGUGUCAUUUUACAGAGCAGGAGAGGCCACCAGUUAGCAACAAAGCAAGAUUAUUCAACCUUUCCCGCCCCCCACACACACACAACCUAACCUUUCCUGAUUCUGUGUCCUCUGAUCCCACUCAGAACGCAAAUUUGGACAUGGUAAAAUUUAGCAUGGCUGAAAGUAUAGGGUUGAUAAAUGCGUCCUCUGUGCAGGAGGGGGGGAACUCACCUGUUCCCGCUGCCCCAGGGCAGGCUCACAUUCAUGUCCUGUAUCCCAUGGAAAUUUAGUAGCUGGGCCCCAAGCAUAAGUGAUGGUGGUGCUGAUGAUGUCCAGAGAAGAUGUCGAGGUUUAGGCAGCCAGUUUGCACCUCUCCAGGACGACAGCUGGUGGCAUAGAUUUAAAAGGCAUAUUAUGCUUUGGCAGCUAUUGCUGAAAUGGAGCCAGCAGAAUAUAGAACUUGGUGGCUUUAAGGGGACCAUGUAUUUUGGGGGGGGGAGGGUCAAGAGCAAGAGAGAGUUUUAAAAACCAAACCUCUGAAACCCUAAGUGUAGAUCCUUUCAUUACUGCUUUGUCAUUGAAAAGGGGGGAGGGGAGGAACCUAGCCACCAAAUAAAUAAAUAAAUUAUUAUAAAGUUCACCGGUAUUGAAAGAGAACUGUAUUUCAAUAUAGAAAAAGAAAUGGUGUUUGUUUUUAAUGGCCCUAGAUUUUUAAAAGGAAAACACACACAUACACACAAGAACAGGAAGACAAAAAUAUGAGGGAGAAAUUCUAGCCUUUUGUAAAAUCCAUAUUGCACACUAGGACUAUAAGCCAUUGCUAGCUCAUUUUGAAUUUAAAAAUGUGUACUUUCUUUUGUUGUUGUUUUUAUUUUAUUUUAUUUCUUUCUGUGUGGGAGGGGUGGGGAGGGAGAAAAAGAAGAAGUGAUGCUUGAACUACCAAUGCUCUUUUUAAUGUUUUAUAAAUAUGUAUGUGUAUAUAUAUAAAUAUAAAUAUAAUAUGUAUGCACAUAUAUAUAUAUGUGUGUGUAUAUAUCUAUAUGUAUAUACCUAUAUAUAUAGAUAUAUAGCUAUAUAUAGGUUUUGAGACAAAAAAUAAUAAUGCAGAAAGUGAAAAAAAAAUCCUAACAGGAUGGUGUGCUCUGAUUUUACUUGAAUUUGGUCUUCUCAGCACCUACGUUAUUAAGAACUGAAUAUUUUUCCACUUGAAUUUAGUGCUAUUAGAAAUUUAAUAUAUGUGUUUUAUUUAUUUGAUUUUUUUUGCAUGACUGAUGCAAGGUUUGACAUUUUCACUCAAUAAAAACUGGAAAAAAACCAAACAAACAAAAAGCCAACCAA